AGAAAGUGGGUGAAACACCUCAUUGGACGGAGCAGCAGCGUAAUAGUUAACACGCGGGGAGUUUCCUCGGCUGGGAAGUUCAACUUUAUGCACAGCACCUGUUGUGCAGUCAGUUGGCAGUCUCCAAAAACCCAACCCUCUGCGCACAGCGAUAUUUUAUCUCGGAGUCCACCAAGUUAUGACUGGAGAGCUCGCCAGACAACAGAAGGGGUCUCGAUGUUGAGUAGAGUUCCUGUGUACAGACUGUAUCAGGUUUCUGGGCUCUCUCGCUGUCUCUCUCUGUGUGUGAGAGCUUUGGCUGUAAUGCGUAAAGAUCAGCGGGGAUUUAUGCAGACUAGAUGAGGAACGCACCGUGGACGCGCGCUUUAACCAGCAUUCAUCUGCGCUUUUCUAACAACCAUAGAUGAUACGCACAUAUAAGGACGCCUGCACAGUUUAUGCCAGGAUUAUAAUCACUUAAAACCAAACUUUUUAUGACUCACUCUCCAACUUUUAUGCGAAUCAACAACAGGUGCGCACCCCUUUUGCGCAGAGGCGACUGGUCUGGAAGCUUUAAUUUAAGGAGAUAUAAAUUAUACUUUACCCAAAGGAGAACUAAAGGUUAAGAUUAUGUGGAUUCUACUCUACGUAUACCCUCUCCUAAUGUGCUCCAAACAGCACCGCUGCCCCGUUAACGACGCAUAUGUGUGGUGAUACAAACCAUCCCGUCUACAGCGCUUUGUGAUCGCCAACCACCACUCCAUCCAAAUGAUCCUUCCAUUCUUACUCCUGCUUGCAUCGCUUCUCCAACACUAUGGCUCGGAAGCUGAAUCAAGUCAUGUCAGCAAGUUUCACCUUCCAAGUGUGAAGGAGCAGAACGGUGAGUUUGUCACACUGGGUGUUUUCCCACUUUGGGCACAAGCGCUUAUUCUUACGCACUUUUGAUGUACAUCUUGCUUGAGUUUAAACUGCAAUGAAUGAGAGCGUUUGAUUCAACUGAAACUACAUUAUCCAGGGUAGGAAGUUGAAAAUUACCUCUUACCUUUAAAGUGUACACCCCUGUAUGUUUAAGGGGGAAAACCCUCUGAAAUUCCACGUCCCCAGGGAGAACUUUUCCCUGUGAUCAUAAAAAGGGCUCCAUUCAUGCAGCAGGAGCAGCAGCAGCAGUGGCUCCAGGCGAUGUAAUUUUGCUUUCCCUCCCAAAUGCACUGAGCAGCACUAUCAGACUCAGAAAUCCACUUUUAUCGCUGCUGAACAUUAACUUUAGGUUAGACUGAUUAAGUGGUGCUUCUUUAGCCUCUUGAUAGGUCACUUUUGAAGUUUUUAUUGCCAACAUGGGCACCGUGGCUGGCAAGGUCUUUGUUAUUGUUGUACAAUGUGGUGCUGCACGUGCAUGGGCGCGAGCACACCCAUCCAUCUAACUUGGUACAACCACUCGAACUUUUGCAGGAUGCACAAACCUCUGCUUACAGUGCAUGCUAAACAAUAGCAUUAUUAGCCCAAUGUUGUUAUAAAGGUACGCUUUAUUCAUAAGUAGACCACCUUUAAAGCUCCAGUGAGGGAUUCUCCACAUUCAUGAAAUAGACCGAAAUUCAUUUUGGUGCAGUUUUAAAAUAUAUAAAGGCAGAAAAGAAAGGCAGCAACAAAGCUGAUGAUUUUUCCACUGUAAUUUUUCAUGUUUAGAAGCGGUGUGAGAGGGUAGGUGUCAGUGAAGCUGCUUAAGAAAACUCUUGUUUACAUUUUUGAACAAAAAAUUAUUGUAUAAAAAUGUCACAUUUGAUCGUCAACAGUCAGACGGGUUAAAUAUUUUUGUCUGAAGAUAUAAUUUGAGCAUGUAGAGGUCAAGAUAAUUAGACACUGUUUGUCCACAGGGGGCGCCAAAUCUGUUAGAAGUUCCUUAUAGGAGCCUUAAAUGAAUGCAUUUGAAACAGGCAUGCAUAUGUGUUUGUUUUGGUGCGGUUUUAUGAUAUAUAAAAGCAGAAGAAAGUGGCAAUAAAGCAGAUGAUUUUUCUACUGCAAUUGUUAAAGUUUAAAAGCGGUGUAAGUAGCUGCUCAAGAACACCUUUGUUUACAUUUUUGAACAAUAAAUUCUUGGAUAAAAAUGUCACGUUUGAUCGUCAACAGUCAGACAGAUUAAAUAAUUUUGUCUGAAGAUACUAUUUAAGUAGGAGAGGUCAAGACAAUUAGACACUGUUUGUCCACAGGGGGCGCCAAACCUGACAAACGUUAGUUACAGGAGCUUUAAAUGAAUGCAUUUCAAACAGGCAUACAUGUGUGGCUCAGUGAUAGAGUCAGUCAUCUCUCUCAGUCAUCUCUCUGUUGGACAGCUGAGGUUUAGUUCCUUGUCUUCACGCCAAAGUGGGUGUUUUCUCAGCCAUCAGUGUAUGAAUGUGGUAUGAAUGGGUGAAUGUGACAUUCUAAGUUAAAGAGCUUUAGUUUACCAUUUAUUGACUAUUUUGUGUCAGUGUUUUUGUAUGAAAGGCAAAUUUGUUGGCUGUUCUCAAUAGCUUUGUUCAUCGUUGACAUAAUCACUUAUCUGUCACUAACCAUUUUUCGGCCGUCCUAUCCAAGACUGACACCUCCUUUGUAGUUUAAGCUCUUUUGGAGACCCACUAAAUGGCUUCUUGUCGUCUUUAAAUCCAUAUAAUCCAAUCAGAUAAAUUGGUCCAGAUUUAAUUAUGCUGUUUUUGAGGCCGAUUCAAUUAGGCGUCUUCCUGAGUACUUAAACCUUCUUCAUACUUCUGCAUUGGACACACAUCAAGGGUUCAUAUCACCCUGGAGUUAUUGUACACAGCCUGGCAUGAACCUAUUAGAAAAUGUAACCACAGGGUCAUCAGUUGGCUAGACAACAUAAGUGUUAGUCCCAUGUACUGAGGCUAUAUUAAGUGUUUUUAUUACUAUCUUCAUUGUAAUCUUGUUUCUUUUAUUGGCUUCGUCUGUUAUUAUUUUUUGUUGCUGAUAUUGUGAGCACUUUGGGCUGCAUGCCUGUAUGUAUAAAAGGAGUUGAGUUGAGUUGAGUUGAGUUGAGCUCUGGUCCUUGAGACAGCAGUUGCUGGUCAGACUUUGACCCCUUGUUGCAUGUCUUAUCCUACUUUCUUCUCCUCACAGUUCCUGUCUUUCUUUCGCUGUCCAAUCAGAAAAUGCAAAAACCACUUAAAUUCACUUAAAUAAAAGUGCAACCAGAGGAGGAAGCAUUGCACAGUGCAAGCCCUUUGAUUGGUCCACUGGGUAGCAUCCUAUUUCCUACUUUUACAGCAUUUCCAGAAAGAGGCUUUACAUUUCUUCACCUGUGAUCUCUGCACUGAUUUUAUUGCUGUAAGAGCAACUGCUGCUCAAUAUUUUCCAUCCCAAGCUCCAAUAUAACAGGCUUUUGCAAUGGUUUCCUGCGCACAAACAAGCAAAGAACUGGCAAUAUGACUGGCAUAGAAAUUGCACUGCUGACUAGUAUUUUGAUGGCGUCUUGCAGAGCAGCCAAGACACCCUGGUGCAGAUGUAUGUCACGCUCAUGAAGGCGCAGACUACAAAGAAUACAAACGUUUUUUUAAGAAGUGGUGUGCAAAAAGACAAAUUACAGAACUUGAAAACUGACAAUUUUAUGAAUAAAUACCUUAAAACUGAUCAAUAGAUCAUGAUUUCAAUAUAUGAAGGGAAAAGUUUUCUAGUGACACAUUGGCAGAGAUUUACUGGGCAGCAUAAACUGUAAGUGGGACCUCACAGGGUACAGUUCAAAGUCACAGCAUGCCUGUAUCCUGCAGAUGUUGCACUGCUCUAACUCCAUUCAUUACCCAGUCUCUACAGCCGCUGGGUUUGACUGGCCUUGUGUGAGGACAUGCAGCGCUGACUUCACUACAGUAACAGUGAGGGCUGGGAAAUCAGAGCCUCCCGCCGGGACCUCCAGGUUUAAUCAGGACGGCUGAGAAAGGAAAACAACAGGGAGGAGGGAGAGGAGGGGAAGGGAUGAAGGAGGAGGAGGAGGAGGAGGGGUGAUGUUAAACUGUCAAAGAACUCUUUAAAACAGCGGUCACACAUCGGCUGAGGGCGAAGCUGGCUCGGCCGUCUGUAACCUUUGACUGCGCUGCUCACUGUUCUGGCACACUUGAUUGCUGAUGCUCUGCGAGACAAUUUGAUAUCGAUCUGAGGCGGGGGAGGGAGCCAGACCUGUCUGGCAUGUUUAGUAGUAGUUGCCUGGAGAGUUACGGUCCCCAGCCGUAUUAAACUUGGCAAGCGGCUGCUGAUGACUCCAUAAGAUAUCAGAGGGGGCUUUUCUCCCAUAGAGGGCCGGUGCUGUGCAGGGUAACCAUCUGUCACCAUAAAUGACUGAGACAAAAGUCUGAAAAAGGCUCUGAGAGUGGGCUUGAACUCUGAAGUGUAAAUUUAAAGUUUUGUGGUCAUAAAUAAUGUGAACAUUUCCUUCCUCCACCACUUAGGGUUGUGUUACAAUAACAUGUAUGGCACGACAUUUUACAUGUGUUCACCACAUGGCGAUUAGAUUUCAUGGUUAAUAAGGAAACUUUGGCUACAAAUGACAUCUGCAGUUGCGCUAAUGAAAUCGGGUUGAAAGCAAAUGCUGUUUAUCCUGACCACAACCGCAAUCUUGAGCUGUGUCUACAGUUUUCUUGUGAGAAAGUCUCUCUCUCGAUACUUUUACAAAAGGAAAAAUUUAUGGAUUGUGUUGUUUUUGUAGGACACAAGGCUCAUUAGUCCAUGAUUUUAUGAUAGUAUCAUUUUCACCAUUACACACUUAACUAUUGUUUCCUUCAUUUAUAUUUCCAUAAAACUAAUUACAGCAAAUACUGGUUUAGAAAUUGUAGACCCUUACUGAUUUCAGGAGGUGAAAAGUUUCUUAAAUUCCAACUGGGCAGCUGAUUAAUGAAACAAUCUCGGGAAUAAUGAGCUGGUUUUGAGCCAAGAUGAUUAAUUAAAGGUUGUGUGAAGGCUGUUAUAAAGAAUAUUUAACUCUAUCAGUCAUCAUCAGCUGAUUCUGGAUCUGAUUAUCUGCCACAGUGCCGAGAGUCUUAAACAAUUCACAUUACAUGAUGGCACCGUUUCUAAUGAGAACAAUAUUUCAUGAAAGUUUCUGUGAAUAAAACCAUCACAUUGGCGGAUAUCCAAGAUGCAACCAGGCUGAUAGUCAAUACAUUUACAUGCUUAAUAAAAAAAAAUAUAUGCUGUGUACCAGUUACUUCGAAAGUUGGACCUGGGAAUGAGUUGACCUGAGUUGACGGUGUUCCAGUGAACAAGUCGGAAAACCAAGAUAGAAGCUAACUGUUAGCUGUUGUUAGCUGUUGUUGAAAAUUGUCAGCUGUUGUUAGCUGUUGUUAGCUAUACCAGUUGUAAACAAUGCAUAACACUGUAUUUUACUCUUACAUACAAGCACCGUGUUCACAGUUAGAUGUUGGGCAGUACAACAUAUACACCACUUAUUUAAUUUUACAAAAACAAAACAGAAGUGAUAAUAAAUGAUACAUUACAAGAGCAUUCACUGUUACUCUUUACUGUUAAUGCACUGCGCUGCCAUCUUGGAUUAUGACGUUGUCAUCAAGUCAGGGUUGGUGAGGAUUGUCCAACUUCAGGGGGGGCGUUCCAGAUGAAUUUCCGACGUGAAGCUUGGAAAUCCUGACUUCUGAGUACAACUGGAACGCAGUUAUUGGUUCAGAUGCCUUAGUCUGACUGAAACUGGACUUUUAAAAAUCAUGUAGACACAUUAAUUGGACAGAAACUGCACUGCAUUUAUACAGUUUAGAGUUUAUUUUAAACACCAUCCAAAUAUUAAGUGGCCUUAAAUGUUCUUUUGAUCCAAAUAUAAACCCUAUAUUCAGUUUUAGAAUGAAAACCAAAUCUACAGCAUUUCCUCUAAAUUGUAACCUAAACCACAGGUAUGAAUGUGUUUCUUCAUUAUAACUGUUCCUCAUAGACUAAAGAGCUUUGAUUUGUUCUUAAACUACAGGAUUUAUGAUGUGUGUAUCUGCUAUAGCGGCAUUAGUUUAAGUAAUGCUGUCCUCCCUCUUGAGCAAAUAGACUGAGGCAUUACCCAAUAAAGCUCCGGCUGCACCUUGUCUUACAGCCUAUUAAUAAACAGCUCUAUCAAACUGUGCUAUUACACUAAGAUGGACUUUGUUCAUGCUACACUAGGCUGUGAUUUGUUUGUGUGCCAAUAGUUGUAUAACACAGCACCUCCUGCUGAAGAUGCACCUAAGCUUCCUGCUCACAUAGUUCACCUCUCUGUGGGUCUGGCUCCACAUUAUCUUUGUAGGCCACGAUUUCACGUUCACCCAGCCCACCCAGAUACACAGGCCCGGGUCUUAUUUAAAAAUCCGGCUGCAAAUAUUAGUCGGAGAUGUGGAUUACCUGCAGAUAUUCCCACAUGAACACUCCCCCGCGCCCUGAGUGCCGCUGGAGGAAGGUAUGCAACGUGCCAGACCCGCCAAUGAUCACAGAGGCGGCUGUUCCGCUAAAGAUUAUGAGAUUAGAGCGAGAGCCGGGGUCACAAAGGUCACAGGCCCGUGUGGACCGAGUGCAGUUUUCCGUGUUUACAUACAUACAUGAAAGCUUGAAGGUAUAGAGGUGCAUUGUGCAUUCAGUAGGUUAUGAUGCAGACAAGCGAGCGGUUUAUAGUCGGGACUUAAAAACAGGAAGAGAGUGGGUGGCCUCGUAAUGACUGUUUCAGGUGUGAUUCAUUCAUUCAGGGAUCACUGAGAACAGUUGUUUCGAACACUUAAAGAGCCGCACAGUUGAGUUCUGUUGGUCACUCAUGGGUAACUGUGUUAGUUUUUUAGAUCACAGACAGUUGAAGCAGUUUUAAAACUUAAAAAAAAAUGCAAUAACCACUUAGUAAGAGCGUUUAAAAUUCAGUAUUGUGUGUUAUUAAUGCGCCCUGAUGUUAAAUAUUCCAGUUUAUAAUGUAUUCAGCAAGCAUGCAUGAUAUUAUGAUAUAAUAUCAGUGUUGGCAGAUAUGAAAAUGUCUGCUGAUGUGCACGCCCAAUUAUGAGCUUCAACAUGUCAGCAUGGAGGCAUUUUGAAGUGUUGUAAACAGGCAGCAAAAUAACUGCAAUGCUUGUAAAGCCCAGGCAAUUCAAGGAGAAGCAAAACAACACUCCUUUAACAUUACCGGUUUAAUGAUGCAACUGAAGAGCCUUCAUCCUGCAAAACCAAGAGGCAUCAGCUAAAACCUGUCUGUAACUACUCCAUUUCAGUUAUUCCAGCAGUGACUGUCCAAAGGUGAAAGAGCCUGACUUGAAAAAGACAAUUCACCGCUACCAAUGACAAGCAUUGCAGAGUGGUGGAAGAUGCAAGCGUCUAUGUAUACUCAUAAUUUCAAAUACUUUACAUUGGAUAGUGUGAUGCACUUUUCUCCUAAACAAUCAUUUUCACCGCAACUGAUAUUGAAAACCGCAGUGUGUGGCAAAUCUAGUGACUGUGGCAGGCGACUAUUCAUAUCAAAUUUUGGAGCAUAUAGUGCCAAACUAGUUGAAAUGUUGUGCCCUUCAUCAAGAGUACCAGGUCAGGAGAGCAUCAGUGUAUAGCUAUAGGUUUGGUAUCAUAUCAGGUUAUAUGUGUUUGACAAUAUCAGCAUUUGGAUGUUUGCAAAAAUUCAAAAUUGUGCAUUCCUUGUAUUCAGCAGUUUCUCAUGCUACAGUUUGAACUCCUUGACUAUGAUAUUCUGUAUCUAUUGUGACAAAAAGGCCUGUUAGUUUGCUCCUGAAACUUAAAACGGCAGCUAAGGCUCAUGGGUACUUUAGUGUUCAGGCAAGCUCUGAGGAAAUCAAAUAACAGGAGGCAGAAACAAAAACAGAAAGAGUUAGAAGUGCGGACGUUCAUAACAUAGACUUGUUGAAUUAUUGAAUCACUCCAGAGACCUUUAUGUGUCUGGAAAAGCUUUAACUGUAAAUACACACUGAUAAAAGUCUUAAGUUGUUUAUAAGAAGUUUCACAAAGUUAGACAUCAUACUGUUUGAAAUCACAUGUGCAUUUAAAGUUUAAAACUGUGGCAAACUUUCUGUUUCCCAUCCAUUUUUCUCAAAUCCCCCCUGACUAGACCAAACACAAGGAUUUAUAUACUGUAUGUGUAAGCCUCGACUACUGGCAGCUCCAAGUGUGGCCAGCUGGCAUUCAAGUUUCCACUGUGUUAUUGUAAGUGGUUUCCAUAGUGCUUAACUCAAUGUUUUAAUUUGAAAUUAUGAUACGCCUCUUAAACCAGCGAAACAAAACUGGCCGCUCUUGGAAUCUCCAUUCACUCUUUAAUACAGGUCAGAUGUUUCCUGAGCCUGCGUCCCUGGGAAAGCUCGUUUCCAGUGAGAAGAGGCCGUACUUUGAUGGAUAUGCCUGAAUGAAUGAAUGCAGCACUAUGCAGUUAAUCAUUGUAGUGGCCGGUGCAAUUGAAGCUGGUAUGCUUGGCUGAAUUAAGAGCAUCAAAGAUAAUGGACGGCUUGAAUGUUGAAUGAACUCAACGGGAAGUGAAGAGGGGAACAAUGAGACAGAGUAUAUCACUAUAACAUCAGAUGGAAACCGCACAUAGUAAAAGAGGGAUGUUGUAUCUUAUUUCCUCAAUGAAACCAGUGUGCUUUUCCAUGGGAACACUGGAUUUUUGAACUGGUCUUAAGGGCUUGUCCAUCUUGAACGUCAUCAGUUCCCAUGUAAAUAUUUAGCGAACGUAAGAAGGAGAAAAUCCCUAAAUCUGCGUUUAUGACAUUUCCAAGAUAUAAGAACCCUCCGGCACUGAAUACAGGAAGGUCUAUGUCUGAAGGAGUUUUUCCCCUCAACCUCUCACUCUAGAGGGGGACCCAGGAUAACAGUGUCUAUGUUUCCCCUGUCAGCACUAUUUUAACUUUGAGUGCUGUAUUUGGCAAGCAAAGCAUGCCACCGCCUGCCUGCUGUUUGUCAUUUCAGGCAGCGAGAGCACCCACCGUCUCCCCCUCCACCUCUUCAAUCAGCCCAGGGAGUUUCCAAAGGAUCUGGGUCACAGGUUUAAGCCCUACCGGAGAAGAAAUGUUCUCAGCAGACACCAAGUCUGUCUGGGUCGCCUGAAUGGUGAUGUUGUCUUUGUUUGCGGUCAAUGCUGUGGCCGGCGCUGGUCAGAUGAAGUCAAGAAGAAAAGUAACACCUGAGUCACUGAAAAGUGGAUUAGCAUGGUGCCUUGAACCUGCAACAAGGGAUUUAUUGACCACUUGGAGACAGCACCUUGUAAAUACAACCUGAUCAGAGUGAUUCUGGAAGUGUUUUUGCUAAUAUUUGACAAUUCAAGCAACAAUGAUGAUGUUUAUUUGGGGGUUUGACCACUUAACUGUUGUGGAUAUUAUUUUCAUUGCCAUUUAUGGUAUGUUUUCCAUGUCCACCAAGUCUUGGAUAGAUAUGGAGUUGCUAAUGCCAUCCCAGGUUGCUCCAUAUUUCCUGGUUUGUCACUUUUAGCUAACAAAUGCAGUGCACCUUUGACCUCAUUGUGGCAUAUUAAGAAAAAAUGCACUCGACACACUAAGAGAAAAAUACAUUUUUAGUUACAGAUAUGAUUUGUGAGACUGAAUUCCACUGCUGACAAGUUGUCCGAGUUUGAAACUGUAUCCCUCCUGCAGCAUCCUAGACAGUCUCGGAGCCGCCAGCACCACACUUCUUACAACUGUCUUGCUUUUUGUAGCUUUUGUUGUUGUCUGCAGUUUGUGGUAAAGGACUUCUAGCCAAGACUACCUUUUCCAUGAAAUGCCUUUGACUACAGUCAGACUAGCAACUUGAGAAGCAAGAAUGGAGCUGGCGUUGGGAAGAAUUGUCUAAAAUGUGAUUCUUGUGUGUGCCGAUGCCAGAAUGUAGCCAUGCAACAAAGCAUGCCAUCAAAUUCAGAGUACAAGACAUGCUUUUUAACACUUCUUUAUCAUUAAUGCGUGGGUGCAACCAGGUAUUUUAUUGUGUUACAAUAUUUUACCAUGAGGAUGGCACUAAAAGAAACAAGCAACUGCUUCUGUGUGCAAAGCAUGCUGGUCACACAACAAAGCGUCUCAGUCUUGCAGUGCAACUCUCACCCUCAUUAGGUUAUAAUUACACCAGUGUGUUUUGACCAUGAUUUGUAACUAGUGUACAUUAAUCACAGCAAACACAUUUAAGACAGUUCUGGGUUUUAAAAUGGAGGAGCAAGCUAGGCUAAUGUGUCCUGCUGGUUAGCGUAAAUGCUAGCAUGCCAACUCAGCAUUUUUUAAUUAGCAAAUGUUAGCAAAAAGUUAAAACUGAGAGUCUUUGGAAAAAUCAUUGCAGAUGGUUUAAGAUAUUUAAUUAGGCUAACAGAGAAGUUAAGCUAAAGUAGGUUACUGAAGAUAGUUAGCUAAACUCCGAACAGUGUUGCUUUUGUGUGACUCAGCAGAGAUGCUAGCAAGUGAAACAGCAUUAGCGGGCUUGUGAAAUGAAUUCAACAAAGAUUUCUUUGUCUUAAUUCUCCAAAUGAGUGGUUAGAAAUGAAAAUGGAAAAUGAAACACAAGUUUUCACGUAUCAUAUCUCUGCUAGCUGUCUCCCCUGUCGGUCGUUAUUAGCGCAGUGACUCAGCGAUUUCCGUGCCAAGUGGUUUGCUAGCAUAUAUAAACUAACUUUAACUACCCUGUGACGGAGCAUAAUACUCUGUUUAUUUUGUUAAAGCACAUUUGUUGUGAACACACACAGUUGGCUCAUCUGAAAUCCCACAGAGCACAGGUUUAUUUAGAAACGUGAAGGAGACACACCCUGAUAUCAGCAGCUCCUGCCAAAGUGCCCUCAAGCCAGACACUUAACCCAGAGCUGCUGAAGGUCAGUGAGUGUGCUUGUAGCUUCUGGGUGUGUCUGAAACUGUCUGAGCGGAAAUCAGGGAGUAGGUAAAGGAAAUACAUUCACUCUCUUUUAGUUUCGUAUCAGCUCAGCGUCUGUGGUGGUGUCGUUGUUUGGCCUCCAAUAAGAAACCCGCUUUCUCAAAUAACACCAGGAUGUAGAUAAGGAUUCUCAGUGUGGCUGUGUCGCUCGUGUAUUUUUGGUUUGUCACUUUUUUAUAGCAACUGCUUGUACCAAAAACCCCUGUUUCAUUGACAGCUGUGACAAUUUUAUAUCAUCACUUACGAGUAAAUAAACUCAGAUAGUGUUUCUAUUAUGCUUUUGCCCCCUUAUCUUCAAGCAGAAAUUACUCGAACUGAAACACAAUUUAGCUUCCUAAGCGGAAGGACUUGCUGAAUGUUAUCAGCUGUUUGUGCACAAUGGCUCAAGUAGCUGCAGUCUGACCAGCUGCCACAGAGCAAAGCAACCCCACAUAAAACAGACUGAAUAACACGAGGCAGAAAGAAAAUGAGCGGUUGUGGAGUCGAGUGCAUGCCUUUGAGACUCCCGGAGCAGAGAAAGGAACUGUAUAUAAAUUUAGACUUCUAAACAAGGAACUGUAAAUAGUCCCAUUGCUGACAUUGAUUCUGACGGGUGGAGGAAAGUGUCUGCAGUCUAAACAUGAAGGGUGGAGUCUGUCUGCCUCAAGUCGAGGCUCCUUGUCAGAGCAAAUACCUGUCUUUCACUGUGAGUUAGCAUCGUUUCCUCUGCUUACUUAACUUUUCUGUUUUUACUGUUUACCCCCCUGACCUUCUGUUUCACUGCUCGCUCUGACUCGCCGCUUUGUGGGUCAGCAACACGUCUACAAAGGAAAGAGUGAUAACUUUUUUAGCUGCUUUCAAGGACUUUGCGGUCGUGAAACUGAACAUAAAACACAAGUGACUUGCUUAAUCAAAGUCAAAAUAGAAAAUGCAAAAUGACAUUAUCAUGGAAGUUCAUUGCUGCCACCACAGCAAACAGAAAGACAGAAAGUCAUUCCAACAAUGAAGAUUUUUUUGGGUGAUGCAUGCACAGAGACGGUCAGGAUGGAGAAGCUGCAAGAGUGACGUCGUGCUCUGAAUAAGAAUAAGAAUGUAGUUCACUUCGGAGACAAUGAACUGCCGCCAAAUGUCGAUGUACGGCACCCAGGCUUCCCACUACUAGCUUUUUAGCAGUGGGGAUGAAGCCAGCUCUGUUGAACUUGUGGAGUACUUUUAUGAACAAACCAGCUGGGAUCCAAAUGGGCUAAAACCCAGCAUGGAUUCAGAGCCGUGCAACUCUUUGAGAAUGGAGAAUGAUUCCCUUUUGUGUGUGUUCAAUGUUUCUUUACCACCAGUCCUUUAUUUUUGAGGACUUGAAAACCAUCUCUCCCUCAUCUUCAGUUACAGAGCAGAUUUUCUUUCCUUUUAUUUGGGUUAUAAGUCAGAACUUUUGGCUAAAUUUUCUUCUAACAAAUGAGAGUUGAAUCUAAGUUUCCAAAACAUUACACUGGUAAAACACACUAAAAUGGAUUGACUUGGUUUUGUUUGUCUAUUAUUCUACAUGAUAUUCUGAUUUAGUUCAGGAAAUGCCAGUGACUGAGAAUUAGGAAUUGAUGUCUGCUUAUAGAUAAUUUAGGUGCAGCUGAUUAAAAAUGAACAUGAACUAGUUCACUUUUUUACUUUUUGGACCAUGAAUGUUCAAAAUUUCAGCAAAAAAUCAGCUUUUUACGAUCUUUCUUUUGACUGUUCGGCAGCAUUACACUUCCAUACAUUUCUAUGGUUUUGUAUCCUUAUGUAACAGGUGAUAUUUUGCACUGAACAAGGCAUGUCAAGGCAAGAAAGUGUCCUAAACUAUCUGACACGCAAAAAACGUGAUAAUAUGAAAAAACAGCAAGCCUUGAAAGAUUGAUCUACUGUAAAUCCUGGCCAGACUAUAUCAUUCCUGAUGUUACAAACUGAUCCCUUCAAAACAGGAGUCUCCAUUGAUAAAGCAUCUGAUAUAACUGGAGGCUGUAAGAGUUUGAAACGUCGCCAGUAAAUCCCUGCUUUUGCACAGACCUCACUUGUCCUCCCUGGUAUUGUUUGGUCUUACGGCGAUUGGAAUUCCAGCGGACUAAAAAUCUUGGCAGCGAGAUGAGUUGACCUUGGAUUCUGUCCCUGGAGGGCAUGUCUGCAUAGUUUGGCAGAUGUCAUCACCUCCCAUCAGAGAGGUAUUUCAGAGUGUCCUGUUAUGACUCGGGUCUUCAAUUCACGGAGAUUCGCGGGCAUCACCUUGCAGUUGAGUGACAGGGAGCUUGACCCAGAUCAAGUGCAGAAGAAGCUCCCACAGCUGUGUCUUUUAUGAGGAAGGAGAGAUCCUCGGUAAAGGGCAUUUUAUAGAUAGAGAGUGAAUAAAACCCGAGGAAGAACUCAUCUUAAAACUUUAACAGAAGCGUAUUACUCAUUCUUUGUUGUGUAUCCUCUUCCCUUCUGUGAAAAACUGCCCCCAUUACCAGUUUGUCCCACAAACUCAUUAUCGUAACCAUCAAAUGACACCAUGUAACCCAUUUUCUUUCCCAUGGGACAAUAUUUUCCAAUGAAACAAUGUCCUCUAGUCACAUCUCUCCAAUAUUUUCAUCCAAGAAUCCACAGAAACGCCACAAACAUUUCAGCCUCAUUCCUUGAUAGCAGAAACCACGCUGUCAUACAUGUCAUAAUAUGCAAACCCAUCCCCGUGGCAGACUCUCGCUCAGCUGGUUUCAUUAAGAUCUGGAGCGCUCUGCAUGUGUGAAACUGAUAUAACGCUUUCGUCAGAUGCAGCCCAGACAUUUCAUGGUUAUCAAGCGCCGUCAUUAAUGGUGCUAAUUUUAGAAAGCGCCAAUGAGAGCUGCUGAUGUGUGACAAGCCUCAUACAGUCUGGAAUACACAUUUGAGACCUCGGAGCUGAUAGGAUGUGAAUGGCUGUUUAAUGCAGUUGAAAAGGGAGUAAAAUGAGGAUGUGACGAUGCACGUUAAAAAGUGUGCUCCUCAAACAAUAUGUAUUAGCGUGGAUUAGAAUAGGCUUUGUGAAUCGGAGAUAAUAAGCUCAAAGAAUAACAGGAUUUAAAAGAGAAAAAAAAAGACAUGUACAUGCAGAUACUGGAAUCAGAAUUGGCUCUGAAACUACAUUCAUGCACUGAUGACAGAGGCCCAUCUGAAUGAACUAAUCCCAUUCUCUCAACGUUGGCACAGCCAGCAGGGGCAGUUUAGGAUUCGGUGUCUUCAGCAUGCAUCAGGACCUGGGAUCAUCAGAGGACACAGUCAUUACAUGCAUUACAGUCUGGUGCAGAAGUAGUUCAGAGGCUCGAGUCCUACGAUUGAUUCCUGGUCCUGACUUGAUUUGGUCCAUGUCACUUUGGUUGCACCCCUAAAUAUGAACAUGAAUGCACAAGCCCCCAGACUUAAUAAAAAGAUACGGUAACAAUUUAUUUGAUGCAUAUCUCUGUAACGCAUUAUAAAUUUAUAUAUAAUGUGUUAUAAUCACAUUAUAGCACUGUAUAACUAUAGUUAUAAACACUCAUAAGUGAUCAGAAUGCUUUAUAGCAAUAAUCAUAACCCAUCAUAAAGCAUUUAAUCAUGACUUACAAGGUCAGGUAUUAUAAUGUGUUAUAACUGUUAAUAACGGUUGCAUUGCAUUAUCUAUGUAGGCAUUUGUCUGUUAGUUGUUAACAGUUAUAACACAUUAUAAUACCUGACCUUGUAAGUCAUGAUUAAAUGCUUUAUUAUGUGUUUUGAUUAUUGCUAUAAAGCAUUCUGAUAAUUUAUGAGUGUUUAUAACUAUAGUUAUACAGUGCUAUAACAUGGUUAUAAUGGAUUAUACAUGUAUUUUUAAUGGGUUGUAGAGAAAGGCGUCAAAUAAAGUGUUAGCAAAAAAGGAUGUUUGUAAAAAUGAAUAAUUUAAAAUGGUGUUAAUUUGGAUUUCUUGGCUUUGGGAGCCUGUUGCACUUUUUUUGCACUUCCCCUUCAUCUUUAUCUUUAAACAUUGGAAAUUUUAGCUUGUUUGCGUGAUGUUCUAGCUUGUCAUGUGCACAACCAGAUGAUGCACACUGCAAGAACUCAAAUCAUAUCAAGUGUUUAUAUCUUGCUCCUUUAAAGAAAAAUCAGAUUAGGUUUAACUUAAGCCACGUUUACCCGACAGUUCCAGGAAAAUAUCUGCUCAGAGCUUUUCAAUUUUUGUUUUUGGCAUCUUUAAUAUCUUGGAAUAAGCCACUUCCUAGACUUGUCAGGUGAAUGUUGCUAAAAUCAAGUCAAAUGAGACGCUUUGUUUUUUCGGGAAAUCACCUCGGACAGCUCAGUUGGACAGGAUGUUGCUACUUUACUAGAUAACUUUUCCAUUUUUGAGUUGUUAUUAACUUACCUCCAAGUAGACGUGCAGACUUGAGUGAAAUCUGUUGGAUGUGUACCGUCUUGCAGUCUAGCCUUGUGUACUUUAUGUUUUAGAUCCUGAGACUGGGCUUGUGUGACGUGUUAGGGCACAUUUAAGCAAAGUAAAUAUAAAUCUUAAAAAGAAUGGCCUUUUUGUCAGUGCAUCCCAGCGGUGCAUCAUCACUCAAACAGCUUAUCCCCUUUAAAGAUCAUAUAGAGACGUCUCUCUUGCCUUCGGUUCCCCUUACCCAAAAUACUUUGAAUACUAACCCAUAAGUCAUGCAUGUCCAUGGAAAUCAAACCAGCACUGCGUCUUCCUAAUGUGCCAUUGGAGGAGAGUGAGAAAAGAACCAGAAGCUAUUAAACAGAGAUGUGAAAUAUCCCAGCUCUCUUACAUGCAGGAGGGGGGGAAUAAAACACACACCUGUCCCAGUAAUCAUCAGCGCAGCGCCGUCCCAUGCUGCCUGGAUUAUGUCACCUAGCACAUGGUGAGAUGUGAUAUACGACGCGAUGCCAGUGGCGUAGAGAGACGGUAACCCAAUCGCACGUACUAUUUUGAGAAUGUAUGGCUUUUCCUGAAGCACAAAUAGGUUUUUGGAGCAGACUGGAUACGCUCUGCCUCGGCAUGCUUACACUCAGAUCCCCAUGGGAGGGUAUCCAUUUCUACGGCCCAAAUGGAAUGAAAAUGCACGUUAGCUACCAGGUCUUAUGACUGACUGGAAUGAUUUGACCAACUGUGUGUGUGUAUGUGUGUGUGAGCUUCUGUCUCUGUAUGCUUAUUAAACAGAAUCUCCUGCAAUUUCCAUUUAAUAAAAGAAGAAUGAGAUGACCUCUUACUCGAGCCAGCUCCUCUGUCAGACAAGAUUUCUGCGGCGCAGCUUCAUACCUCUCUGACUUCAGCGGAUCUUCCCUAUGGUGAUCUGGAUUUCUACUCUACAGCAACACUCCAUAAAAGGGAGUAAAAGUUAUGGAAGGACACAUUUUAAACCCAUUCAAUAAUUUCACAAAAUGAUUUUUUUUUAAAGAGCAGCUGUAAACACAAUAUCCUGGCUCUUGUUUUCCUCCUUUCCAUUCACCCCCCGAGUGUCCAUUGAGGAAAUCGUUGCGGCGAAUAUAACACAAUGUCCAAUGUGUAACUAUGUUGCUCCAUGAGAAGCUGCUGUCCUUGUACCAUGUAAGAAAAAAACAACUUGGCAAGACAGACAGAUUUACUGGAAGAGUGCACUUUAUUCGGUCACCAGUCUUGUCCUGAAACACACACACUCUUCCUGUAAGCGCCUUUGAGAUGCCCAGUUAUGUUCCACUUUGGGAUCUCCUGUUAUUCGGACACAUACAAGACUUCGCACCGUGUUCCAGCGAGAACUACAUGUCACUGAUUUGUCUGUGCACACAUGGUAACCGCUAAUAACUGUAUCAUACUUGCUGAUUAAAAGAGGAUCAGAUUCUGGCUGGCACUCUCUAUGAAGGUAGGGAAAAGAGAGGGCACCGUGCCCGGAUCCUACAAGGCUUAAUACCAGUUGAUGCGUACAGAUAUGACAAAUUCAGUCAUGUGGUGAAAAUGUGGGCAAGUUGGAAAUGGAUCUAGAAUAACACACAGGGAAAAGAUAAGCAGGAGAUGUCUCCUGCGCUUAGGACUGGAAGUAAUGUGAUUCAGUGCCAAGCCAGCUGGUUGGGUUUGUCUUUUUCCGAGGCUGCACUAAAGCAGGAGGCAUCAUGAUUUUACACAGUUAGAUGAAAUAUUAAGUUAAAAUGUUGGAUGUUGAAACUAAACGUGGGCAAGUUUUCAAACGGUGAGGUAAACAUUUGUCGGUGUAAUCUCUGGAUGAGACUGCAGUCUGAGAAUUAUGAGAGAGGGACACGAAAUUUGAUCAGUUUGUUGUAACGUGGCGCAAACACAAAAAUUACGAAACAGAAACAUUGUGUUAUGUUCUUGCUGCUGUGGAGUGUCUUCUCGUUCCCUUUAUAAACUUUCCUGAUCAGAUUUGGGGCCUAAAACAUCAGACCAGUUUUCAUAUUUUGUGGUGAACUCAAGGCCACUAGCUCCAUAAUACGGCAGCAGUGGAGGAGGCUUCUGGAAAGCCAUUGGAAGAAAAUAGGGUCAAAAAGUAGGGGAGGUUUAAGAUACAGCUAAAACAGAACAUGUUUUUUUUUUUUUAAACACCAACUUGACAUAAAUGUAAACCAUUUAGUGUAAAUCAUUUAGAGUUAUUACAGACGUGGAAGAAAGACAUUUUAAAGCCUAAAAUGAUUUUAAUCCCCUCAAGAAUGGUGCAGUUUGCAUAAUGUAGGACUGCAGGAUGCAUUUGAAAUCCACUGUACAGAAAAAAAGUCAAAAUUAAACAAGACUUUUAAGCCUAAAAGGCAUUUAUUCGAGCAGACACUUUGACUUGUCCUAACAGGAGAAGUACAGGUGUAACUAUUAACCUCCUCAUGGCUCCGCUCCAGAAAGGAGUGCCAGUGAGCCGUGCCAAUGAGGCGAAAUACAGAGCGAAGGACUACAAGCAUCGGCACAAGCAAAUACAGCGCAGCUUGUUUUCACCUGGGAAAAGGUGUAUUCAGCUUUGUUGGUGGUGUGGUGGAGUAUCAUAAGAAAAAAAAGAAUGUAAAGGGUCGUCAAAAAGGUGUAUAUUUAAGAAUUUUGAUCUUAAAGUUAGUUCAGGUUAGUGGUCAUAGUCUGGAGCGGGUGGGAGGCGAGUUUGUGGUGUGUCUAUUCCAGGUGAUAAUCAAAAUGACGUCACCUGGCCAGUUUUAUUGUGGCAGAGAGGACACUUAUCAGGGUGUCCGUGUGCACGUGGAGACGUAGACCACUGUGUACUGCUAUCGUGCGGUCAUUACUAAAGUUGGUAUAACUAGAGAAGCAAGCGGUCGGCAACAUUCACCUCUUGAGGAGAUGUCUAACUUGUUGUUACGGUGUGUUUGACGCUAAGUUAAUUUUACGCCCGAAUAUCCCUUUAAGCAGCGUCAAAGGCAGCGCUGGCUGCUGCUGCUGUGAACCAGUUAGUCACAGGGUAUGAUUAUAUAAUUUUAUUAACACUUUUUUUUGCAUCUCAGUUAUCAUCAACACUGAUGUAUUGUGACAGCCUUCGUUUACAGCUUUUUGCACAUCUGCAGUAUGACAGUAAUCACACACAGCUGCUGAAGAUGUGGCGUUUGGCGUUAAAUCUCACUCACAAUAAGGGUAAUGUGAUUUUUUUAUGUUUUUAAAAUACGCGUCGCUCUUUGUUUUUGCCUUUUCACAACUGAAAGCGGUGCCAGCCAGAGCGAAUCCGUCUGAAAUAGAUGGCUUUGCAUUGUUGUGUAAAAGCAUGUUGUUUUUCAGAUUUAAAUGCCCCAGCUGGGUCUAAAUCAUACGCCAAACAUUUGAGGCUGCACUCAUGCAUCUGUGCUCUCUGUAAACAACUGCUGCUGAUUUAUCCAGUUGUGCACACAAUCCUCUUUGAGCACCAUCAACACACACUCAAUCAUACAGAAAUCGAGGAUAAAUGGAGCCAUUCAGAGUGUCUGCUUUCACGGUUUAUGCUGUAAUAAAUGCAGCACAAACAGUCAAAGACAUCUAUUAACUGAGCAGAUUAUAUAAAUAAAACAUGACAUACAGGGUGUUAUAUGGAAUACAAUGCUGGAGCAAUAAUAAAAAAAAUGUCCUGACCAGAAUGUCAAACAUGCUCCUCUCUUUCUAUCUCUUAGAGAUUUCUCUCACUCUAUUUUCCUCUUCACAGGGAAGAUGGUGUGAUAACAGCUUGACAAGACGUGGUCUGAAUGAGUAAUGCUGAGGGGAAAAAAGGGAGACAGUAUGUUCGAGGAGUAUGACAGGUUACCUACCAGUUUGCAGAGAAGGUGUUCAGCCCCCUCGUCCUCCCUCUUUCUCCCAGCACAUAUCUUACAUCUGUUCAGCUGCCUCUAAUUAGGGCUUUUACAGACGGCAGCAUUAAAACGGCCCCGGAACCACGCCAGCUAAUGAGACGCCAUUGACAAGCCAGAUCUUUCAGUUUGUCAAGAUCUAUCUUUCACUUUGUGCCUCAGCGGCCAAAGUUUGUUCAACACUUUGUGUGCCUUCACACCUGUUGACAGGCCCUUGCACAGAUUUAGAGCGGGUCACUGAGUUGGCUUGUUCGUUGGCGCGGUUUGCGGCAUCUGCAUGCUCGCAGCGAUGGAUCAUUGACAUUUCUGCAUGCUGCGAACACGAAACAUUUUUCACCACUUUCUCGCUGCCAGUAUUUGUGUUAGAUUGAACACCGUCGAUUCAUCACUCUGCUGUUACAAAGCAUGUUUAUUUACAGAGGAGAAUGGCAAAGUCUAAACCUACAGUAGUUUCGUGCCAACGUAUCAUUUGUACAUGUCAGUCUGUUUCAAACAGAGCGAUGAAGCGCGUGAGGAAAUACUAAAACCACGCCACUUCACUAACAAGUCAACUUCCCAAAAAUAUAAAUUAUAAUAAUGAGACUGUACUGCAGCUUGGAUUCACAGUGGUGUGGUUUUAAAUCAUUUCGACAUGGUUAUUAAAAAGUAGAAAACUACAAUUAUAGUAUCCCUUUAAAAAUGAUUGAUAGUGAAGUUAAUCAAACAAACAAAUAGUGAUGAUACAUCCUCGACAGCACUUCAGUAUUACAUAAUUCACAUGAACCCAUUACUUUUGAAAUGAAAAGUGAAUUGAACACAUUUGGAGCCAAUUACAGGCUAUUAACCACAAGAAAUAUGAAUAGACGUGUGUGUUCAAAACACAAAUGAGUCAUGCCUGCUUAAAAAAGAGAGCUCAUGAUUCAGACCUUUGUUUCCAGGCUGUCAGAAGAUAAAUGAUCAGCUCUUCUUGGGUCACGUCAGGUAAAACAUUGUCCACUCAAUCAUCUCCUUAAUCUUUGAUAAACAUUUAUUAUAGAAGAAAAAAAAUCAUUGACAAACAAGAAGUUACAGAAGUCUUGAGGUCGCAGAUGAAGCACUGGUGAACUCCUCAGAGGAGUUUUUAGGGAGUUAUAAAAAGACUGAAAGUGAUACUGAAUGCUUUUAUGACCGACAAACACAAAACAGACAAUCAGCAUUAGACUGACUCUUAAGUUCAGGGCCUGUAGCCGCUGUAAGGUGGGUAAGUGUCAGACCAGAUUACUGACAGCACAGUAAAGAAGCGACUUUUUCACUCUCCCCACGCCAAAAAUCACACUAGCUUUGACAUUUGAUAGCUUUGACAGUUGAUAGAUGACAGGAUGAGAUAUUUGCCAGAAAACACGACUUACACCUGAACAGGAUAAAAUCAGCCUCAAGAUAGGAGUCAUCAUUUUGUCCACAGGUGGCGCCAAAACUGGCACAGGCAGAUUUUCAUCAUAGGAGCCAUCAAAGCAAUGAUAUUACAUUGAAGAGAGCUACUAAGAGGUCUUGUUGUAAUGAUACCUGAACAUUGUUUUCUUCUCUCACACCUGCACAAGCUUUUUGUCCUCAAUCACCAACCAAAGGAGUGAGAAAAAGAGUGUUUCAAUCUAGAAUUCGACUCUUAGAUUUGCUAAAUUUGUCUAUUCCUGCAGUGUAACCUUAAAGUUGAUGUCUAAGCUCAAACUUACAUCUAAACUCAAUCAUGUUCAUGGCUGCUUGGACACUCUUAAGUCCAUUAUCUGCACCUUUAAUGUCCCAUUUUUGUCUCCACCAACUUACGAGGAUAAAAUAUAACAUUUCAGAGUCCACCUGCUCUUUGUUUUCUUGGUUCUAGCUUCUUGGUCCUGUGGGUCUUGGCUCAGCCGCUGAUAACAAGGCUUGAGAGCGUGGUGGGAAUAAAUCAGAAGAUACAACUUUUGGUCUCUCUAGUCUGUUCAGGCCGUCAACAUAAUUUGCCUUAAGGAUUCCCUAACUGAUCAUUUACACUUCGGUCUGUGUGCCUUCAAAAACAAUGCUAUCACCCAUUAUGAGAGGCAGACACUAAGAACACAACCCAGGAGUGGAGAAAGAAAUCCUGGUAGGACAGGGACAGAGAGGCGGAAAAGAGUCCAAAAUGUGGCUUGGUCUGACACAAAAUGACGCUGUCUGCUGCGAUUUUUAGCCAACUUUUGCAAAUUCCUUCAGUAUGUUAGUAAAAACAUAAUGUAUAUCGAAUCACUUUAUUUGAAAACCCUUAAAUCAGAUGCACUUGUGAGGAUUUGCUCCUUGUUUCCUCAGCUGUGACUCAACCAUAAACACUAGGGCUGUAAAGUCCUACUCGACAUUGGUCGGUACCUGCUGAGUCGACCAAAAAUCUGAUUGGUCGACUUUUUCUGCAUCAAUUUACAGUCUGUGGUUAAUUUCAUCAGGAGGAACAUACCAAGUGCUAAUGGGGGUGUUUUCAGAGCACCCCCAUUUUACAGGUAACAGCCUGUCAUAGAACAUCCUUGUUGGAUUUGCCCAACCUACUGGAGACAGUUAGAUUGGAGAGCGUCCACGUUAAUCAACGUCCAGUGCUUUGCUGAAUAUUUUUUAAAUUUUGAGCAUCAUGCUGAUAUCAGAGUCGAAAAAAUUCUUUCUUUGGAUCUCUUUCGUUUUCUUUUGUUGAUUACAGCCCUAAUAGACACUUUGGCUUAAAGUCUCAGAUUAACUUGGUCAUGGCGAGAAAAGCUUUCAGAUACAAGGUUAACUUACAGAUGAGUAUUUUUGGCCUUCAUUUUUCCAAUCUUGGUCCGUUCAUAUAAAGCAAACUCCUCUAUAACCCCAGCCCAAAGCCGUGCUUUUAGAUCUGAUUUAUUAACAUAACUCUUGCGGUUUUCCAAAUACAUGCUCAUUACAGGUUUCUGCUUUCGCCUUGGUGUGUGUUCCUCGCAUUUGGAAGUUAAGUAAGACGUACUGUACGUACCAAAAUGUACACAACCACUUUCUACAAGCACCAAAGAGAAGCGCUGAUGUUUUAUGAGCAUUUAUCUGGGGAGGUAAUUACACUGCUAUUGUUCCUUAAAUGCAGCCUUAUGAAUAUGCAUGGCCUCCAAAGAUAAUAUAAGGCUUUUAGUGGCUGCCUGUCACUUCAGUUUCUUGUUUAUGUUUUUCUGAUAGCGGCUGCAUUUAAUUCCGGGUUAUGUUUGGAGGCAAAUAGACACAAAGGCCUUUUUUUACGAGCAUACAGAGAGGCAGAGAGGAGUGCUGGGAAGUCUUUUGUCAAAUGCUGGACACUCAGACGCUUAAUGACCCAUGGAGGCUAUUAAGAAGUCAAACUGGGUGCUAAGUGCUUUGCAUCUCCAUUUAUUUGUCAUUUUUCUAACCAUUCCACAAACAGGCACAUUAAGAGGGGGACUAUACUGAGUCUGGUGACAUUAUAGUCGUCCUCAGAGGAUAUUAGUCAUAGUGAUGUGUGUAUAAGAACGGUUGCGACAGUGACUGAUGGUCAGAAAAUGGCGUUGCAUCAGUCGAUAUUACCCUUGUGCAAACUUAGUACUCCGUGUUGUGGAAAGCAGCUGAUUACAUCAAAUGAGUUAUGUUCAAGUAAAUAAUAACCUUCAUUUCUCAUGAAAAGCAGCUGGUUGUCAGUUCAGUCGCUGGAGGUGUUUAUAUGAAUGAGGUUUGUUCCAAAAGCGUCUCCUCUGGCUGUUUGAAAACUUGCAGAAAAGAGUAAGACAAGGCACUUUUGUCAGAUUAUACUUUGCAUAACUCUCCUUUCCAUAAAUUGUAUACACCCCGGCGUACUUCUUCAACCAGCGCAGCCACAGUGAUUGACAUGCAAAUCCUCUGGAAACCCUCAGAUGAAUAGAGCCAUAAAGAGCUGCUCUGUGUGCAGCAUUGCAAUUAUGCAAUAAUUGUAUUCCCCGCUCUUAUGGGAAUAAACCUGCAGACACUAAGUCACUGCCCUCGCCUACAGACGUUUCCCCUCAGAAACACCAAUUUUCCCAUGUUCUAAUCCUCAAAUUGCUACUCAUGUCAACUUUGCAGAUCCAGGUACAAACUUGCUUGGUUAAGCAAAGCCAGCCCUUUGGCAAGUUGUUAUGCUGGGAUGUAUGUGCAGACAUUGUUCCCCAGAGUUCAGAGGGCUAAUACACUCUCCUCAGAGGUCUUCAAACACCAACGCUCUGGAUUUAGUGUGUGCUGGAGAUGCACAAGGUUGCUCUGUUGCUAGUUAGACAGACAGAGGCGGCUUCUUAUUUUCUAUCAAGCACAUUUUUCAUGUCAAACGGUUUGUGUAAAUAUUUUUAGGCUUAAAAAAAAACAAUUAUUAGGGUUUGGAAGAAGAGAGAGGAGGUAAAAACAGGCAACAUAGACUCCUGCAGUGGGAUUUAGUAAUUACUCUGGUGUCAGAUUCUGCUGCUUUAAAAAUUGUAUCAUAUUUGUGGAUGAGAGACAUAUUUUAUGGCAUUGCUGGAAGCUCAUAGCAGCACAAAAUUAACCAGUUUUGACAUAAAAAUAUGUCCACUGUUGAUCUGAGUUUAGAGAUAAGCAGUUCACACUGAUCCCAGACUAUUUCUACAUUUCAAAGUGGAGACAGCCGAAUCUGAAGUGGAGGCUUUCAGUUGUUCAGUCCAGCCGUCGCCCCCAAACUCUGCCUUUUGGUUUUUCUCCUUCAUCUCUAACACUACUUAAUGGGUUUUACAUGUUUUCAGAUAAUACCUUACUAAGAGCAGAGUUUGCCUCGUGCAGACUCUAAAUGAUACCUUGAGCAUCUGUAUGUUGAAAUGAUUAGACAAAGCAUGGUGUAUUUCCUGCCAUUUGAAUAAGAAAAGGCUGAUGAAGCAUGUGUUCGGUUUGGGAUUGACAGCCGUGUUGACAGCAGUGUGGCUGUGCAGUGGAAACUUAGUCAUGAGUAAAGAAGCGUGUGAGCAGUUUGAAGCCUGCAAAAUUAAAAAAUGGAUCUUGCCCAUCCUUUCAGCUGUAGGCAUGUUGGACGUCUUUCUUUUGAACAUCAGCUGUGUCACUGGAGUCAAAAUUUCUAUGAUACAGUCAAAUUGUUUGUGUUUUUCUCUGGAUUAAAGGGACUGCGUGUUGUAUUUAGUGGCAUUUAGCAGAAUUGGCUUGAUAAAAAUGGGAUGUUAAAUUAACGUAUGUUUGAAUUAGUGAAUAAUCACUUGAUAACAACAAUCAUUUUGAUGUUCUUCAUUUAAAAUGAACCUUUCUUCAUCUAUACAAAGAGUGGGGUCCCUUUUCAUCAAAGCAACCAUUUUGCAUCACCAUGUCUUUACGGCAGCAAAGAAUGGACAAGAUAGUAUGUGUGAGUUUUUGGUGUGUGCAAAAUAUUUUAUAUUGGUGAACACUAUUGAUGGUAGAAACUUAAAAAAAGGAAAUAGAGGUUCAUAUUUACACAUACCAGGAGCUUCCUGUCCUCGUAGGCCGCUGUUGUCUCUUUAGUUCCAUUUACAUGAGGGGUGAGCAAGGGAGCAUUUCAGUCUAGAUUAAAACUGUGAGAUUUAACCUCCUCAACAUAAAACUUUACCCCACACCACCUCCAUAUUCAUCUCUUCUUACCAUCUGUUCAUCCUUCUCUUUAUCUUUUCUAACAUUGAAAGAAACUCUUUUUAUGUUGCCAUGGUAACCGCGCCACACAAAAACUAAAAUCCCCCUUCUCACAGUAACACCAGCCAUGAAUAAAACAAAAACGACAAAAUACAAGUUGACAAAAGAUUUCAAAUGACAUGUUUUAGCUGAAAAGCUGAAAAUUUUAAUUUUAAAGCUCCUGUGAGUGACUUUUGGCUUAUGUCAAUUUUGGCGCCCCCCUGUGGACAAAGCAGUCUUUGCUUAUCUUGUCCUCUGAAUGCUCGAGUUGACUCGUUUGACAAAAUAUCUAAUCCUGCUGACUGUAGACGGUCGAAUCUACAGUUAAUUACAAAUAUUUUACAUGGAAAUUAUACAAACAAGGCUGACACCUUCCCCCUCACAUGGUAUUGAAGUGUCAGUCUUGUCACUCCCUGAUGAUUUUGUUUAAUCUUGAAUAUCAUGUAAAGGCAUCUGAAUGAAUUUGAGUCUAUUAAUUGAAAGCCAAUUAAUUAGCUCAUGAUCAUAUUGGUGAUUCAUUGUUUUAAUUGAUAAGCUGACACUGAUAAUAGUCAUAAGUUGCAGUCCUACUAUGACUAAAACGCUCUCUUUUCACCUCUUUACUAAACUUUUGUCUCAGUGCUUCAGACUAAAGCACUAAAGCGUUUCCACUUAAGUGAGAAGCCACAGGCCUGUUUCUGUGCGAGCCAGAGCUGGAUGUUACAGGAAAAGAGCAUUUGUGCUCUGCAAACCCUCCCUGGGUAAAUAAAGGUUGGAAGGAAUAUACUUUCAUUACCCUGCUUUCUGCACUGCAGCUCCUCUUCUCCAGACAGCUGGGCUAAAAGGUUAGGGAGGCCUGGCGGGGUGGCAGUAAUUAGAAAUCCAGGGCGACCUGCUUAAAGAAAUCAAUGUGUAUCUGGAAGCAGAGCCAGAAAGAGGAGUUUUAUUCUUAAACCGCCACAAUUAAAUGUUAUUCUACUUGUCUCCUUGUCAGCUUUUUUGGAUUAAUCAUCCAAUUUGCCACAGCUGAAAAUCUCAUCAGACGUUUAGAGUCUUUCCUCAGAUUUGCCUGUGUUGCUCGUAGCUUCUUAAAGGGUUGUUCGGAGGUUAAGUUUGCAGUGUGGAUUGUGUGAUGUGUUUAGAUGGCUUUUUCUAAGUUAUUAAGAUCCAGGGGAAUUUAAUACACUCAGCCCUGGGAGGUCUGUAUGUGACUUGAGUAUUCCUGAUUGAAGAUAAGAUUAACGUAAUGGGACAAAGAGGAAGAAGAUGUGUGAAGAUGACUCUCUUAGUGUGUGAAUUUGGCCGUCUUCCAAGUUGCAAUCUUAGCUCAGCUGAGAUUCCCCAGCAGAUAUGUGUGCUCCAAAAUCAAUUUAGAAGUCAUUAAGUGAAAACAUUAUUGACCUCUAUGUAGACAUUCAUUGCAGGUUUGAGUGUUUCUGUCCCGGAGCCAGCCAGCUACAAAGUGGGCUGUGAUUGGCUAUUAAUCCUCUCAGCUGAGUGUAUUGUAAAAACCUGCAUCUUUGAUCACUGGUAAUGGCAGAACCUGGAUCCAGUUCGAGAAAGCUGUCCUCCAAUCUGGCUCGCUGCAGAUCAAACUGUAUUUUUCUCCCCCCUUAAAAAACACCCAGCUGUCCGGCUCACAGAUGUGACUACAAAGCAGCCCGGAGCUGCCGUCCACAGCUGCGGAGAGAGGUUUAAAUAAGACUUGGUUCAUCUGUCAGCGUCUGGUUUCCAGCCAGAGGAGGUGGUUAGACUUGUAGUGACUGUGAGAACAACCUCGACGUGUUUCUACUUUCUUUUUUGUGCUAAACCAUCAGUCCUCCCACUUAACGAUAAUUAACUCUGAUAUUGAUUCAGAGUUGGACAAGUGAGGCAGAAAUUGAGGUUGAUGUGGGCAACCUAGAAUUAAUGGAGGCUUGGACUUUAAAUGUAAUUUAAAAGGGAAACAGAAAGACUUCACACACUUCAAAUAUUCACACACUUCUUCUUGUACUGGAGCUUUGUGAUAUCACUUGUAAAAUACUGUAACUAUAAUUGUUUAAUAAUGGUUUUUGUCUCUCUAAUUUAAUUUUCAGUAAAAGUCAUUUACUUUUCUACCCCUUAGUUUUCUUUUUUACCAAAAAAGGUGGAACGCUGGGUACAAUUUUCAUAAAAACUGCACUGGAUGGUUUAGAAAAUUCAAUAAUCUUAUAAAAAAUAAUACAAAGACAACACAUCUAAUGUCUUAACUGAAACAUUUGCAAUAAUAUCAGACAUGACUCUGCAGUGGAAAUUACCUCAUGGACUUGACAUUACUACCAAUAAAACCAAACUUAUGAACUUACUUUGUCACUGCGUCCACAAAUGCAGGUUGAAACUGAGCAAUGCAAAGAAUAGACUGGAGAGUCACAUGAUCCAGAAACACCAGGACUUCUUUUGGAAGACCAAACCUAUUCUUGAGCAUCUGAAAUCGUUGAAGGCACCUGACCACCUCAGCCACUCAACAACAUGUGUUAACUUAACAGCGUACUACCGUUUGGGUUAAGAGCAUGAUUUUGGGAUCGCUGGCAGACCAAAUGCAGUAUUGAGCGUUUAAUCAUCUAUUGCACAUGGACGCCAUGGAUGCAGGGCAUUUUGGGACUCCUCACGACUUCAAUUAAAUUUGUUGAAAUCAUGGAUGCUGCGUCUUCUUCCUCAAAGAGAGGGACCACCUGGCUUGUUGUUAGCGCUCAGUUUUAAGGCUGGCGUUCAUGGUAGUACUGUAUGUAGGUGCAUUGGUGCCCUUGGCAUGGUUAGCUCACAUAUCUGAAAAAGCGUUGUCACUUUGGAACAAUAAAAACAAGUUUUGGAGCAACAUAUGCCGCUCUCCUGACAAUAUCUUUGUCGGCAAAGACCUUGGGUAUUUCAGCUAGACAUCCAAAAGACAAAAUACUGCAUUAAUGUAAAUAUUGUUUAUUUAUUUUUGCUGUAUUUUAUUUAUAACUGAAGUUUGAGGGUGUACUUUGGUAACACUUUAUCUAUUUACCAUUGAUAAAUUAUGGUUAUUGUAGUUUAUUAAUGUUUAAUCAUCAUUUAAAAACAGCAUAAAGACCAAUUAUAAAUGGCAAAUAGACAAUUUAUUAAUGUAAGUUAAUAGUUUCUUUACUAUUAACAAGCAAUGAAAUUAUGAUUAAUAAUCAUUAAAUUAUUAAUGGACUAUUUAUUCAAGGUUUAUAUAGGGUUUAGAUAUUGAUUGUAAAGCAUCUAGAUUAAAAUGUGUGUUAGUAGCACUUUGUAAUUGUUAAUAUUUUUUUUUUUCACCAUCUAUAAACAUUACUUAGAUGGUCAUUGUAAAGUUAGGGUAAGGUUUUAAAAAUUGUAAAAUUAACAAUUUAUUAAUGGUCUAUAUGCUAUUAAUAAAUGAUGAUUAAACAUUAAUAAACUAUCUGCUUACCAUUUAUUAAUGGUCUAUUUAUAAGUCAUGGUUAUUGUAAAGUGCUACCUAUACGUUUUUAUUUUCUGGCUGAUUCUGGCGCUGAUAUCAAGCCUAAAUCCAGGCUCAGGAGCCCAGACAUAGAACACCAGCGGGUCAACACACAUAGCCGGCUGUAGUGAAAAGACCGACACUCAAUCUACCAUUUGCUGGAUGCCAAACACAAGUGUGGGCACUAAUUAGAGGCUCUGAGAAAUCAUUGAGGGGCUGGGAAGCGUUGUAACUCGAGGAGAAGCCGUUGUCUGGUGACAAGUUUCCGUCACCGCGCUGGACGGGCCAAAGCCUGGGGGGGUUGAAAGAGUUCACUCCAGCUAUAGUGUGUUCACAUGUGCCCGCACACUACAGUGCAUUCACUAUCAUUAACAGCCUGCAGCUGUGGCUUUAUAGAGCCGUAUCACAAUUUGUAAUCAUUUCUCAGAUAACACUUUGUGCGUUGUAUUUCCUUGUAUAGUAGUGAUGGAAGUGAAAUCCUUCCUGGAUCGAGAGCUUCCUGUUAUUCAGCUCCGGCUAUUUUUAAGACCUCUGGUUGUUUAUGUUUCACUGUUUUCUAGCAACUGGUACCUUGACUUACAGUUGGUAUGAAUGGAUUUUUAACCACAACUGUAAAAGUCAUCUACUAAUCACUUGCAGAGGUAAUUCUUUUUGAGUGAUUUUCAUUUUAGUUUUAAGUUUUAAGGAUGUUGAAAUGAUUAAUUUUCUUUGAUGCACUUAAGCUCAGAAUUUCAAGAGGAAAUUAUUGUUUCUUAUUUGAAUAGCAUGUCUAAAAUUCCAUUAUUUUGCAUUUUGCACGUAUGAAAUGUUCAACAAGUUUCAAUAUUUUUUGCAGUCGUUCCAGGUUAAUUCUGUAUAUUUACUGACCUUCAGUGAUCCCUGGUUGAUACAAAAACAUUAGCACUUUUCAUGAGUUUCAGUUUGAUUUGUUAUUUUGUGUGAUAGAAGUUCUGUUAACUUAAAACCAUUGCUCCCUGCAACCCACCAAACGUGGCUCCCAUUCACCGUGUAUUGCUAAUGGACACUUCACUGGAACAGUGGGAGCAUAUAAGGUGAAAACACUCCUCAUAUCCUACUAUUUUAGCAGGAGAUUAUCAAGUAAAUCAGGUAUUUAUUUUUUUACCUUCGGUUGACAAUGGUUUGAUACUUGCCAAGCAUGUGCUAAUAGAUCAAACUGCUCACCUCUUUUUCAGCUCUGCAAAAUUUCAUGUAGCUGUUUUGUGAUGGAAGCCCCUGAUAUUAAAUCCCUGCAUAUGAUUGAACAUUGUUAUAAACUCAUAUAUAGGUAUAGUGCAUUACCAACCAUGCUUCUUAUAGUGCUUAUGCAGGGAAUUUAUUGUCUUGUAUUUUGUCUAAACUAGAGCCCGCACUAACGUUUGGAAUAACUUAAAUAAAAGUCACACAAAGAUGGACUUUCUGUGGGAGUGAUGCAGAAAGAAAAUAACAGCUUAGUCACACACAGGCAUACACACGCAUGGAGAGAUCAGGUUGAGCCAUCCGAUACGAUCUGCAGAUGUUUUGCUCUGCCUCUGCAGCAGGUGUCAACAGAUGUCUACUGCUCUACUGCUCUCGGCCAGGUUGACCUUAUGUUUAGAGAGAGAGAGAGACCACCCCUCAGUCAGUUCACACUCCUGCUGGAAAUUAUCUGCUCCCUCUAAAGUGUUCCUGUGCAGACCAUUAAACCCUCCCCCCUCCAGGGUCGCCGGUCUGGCCUCCCCGCAGACAGCAGCACGAAAAUGGAGCAUGUCAUAGCGAGGAUCAAUAAAGUGUCACAUUAUUAAGUUACGACACAGCAAAGCCAGCAGGUCCCCUCCUUUCAGUGCUGGGACUGAUUACAUUUCUUGUGACCUUUGACCUCUUCAUUUUAAAGGGCUUUCACGGGUCAUAAGUGUCCACCUGUUGAUGACAGGACUUGAAGUUUUCACAUGUUUUGAAAGUGAAGUAGACAGGACGAGGAGGAGGAGGAGGGGCUCAGGACUUUCAGAGUGAUGUUUGCAUUUUUUUACUCCGUCUGUCAAAGCACGGAGAGGAAACAGCUCGUCAUCGAGAGCUGCUACUGUUUGUGUUGAUCUUCACAUGUGUCAGGAAAUCUUCUGACAUGCUCCUCUGUCCUGAAAAACCUGUGAUUGCAACAGGUCCCAUCACUCACAGACAGACUCUUCACUAUGUGCAAGAAUGUUUGCCUAUUUUCAAGCGAACAUUGGGAAGUCUCAGCUUUUCAGAACAGAAAAAUGUGUUGAAGGAUCCUCAACACUGGAUUGAUAAAUAGGUAACAACAGGUCAUAACUGGCAAAGGGUAAAUUCACUAUAUGUGGCUUUACAUCACAUUUAUUGGAGCCAUUUCAGUGUAUUUAAAUUUUAAGUCUCAGUGAGCCUCCUAGAGGCCCAGGGUGGAACUGCACUUUCACACUUUGCACAGUUUAAUAUCUUCAAUAUCGGUGUUUUAUGACCAUAGAAUGUUUAUACGAUGACAACUUUCUUCAUUUCCUGAAACCAACAUUGCGCAGUAGUGUUGUACGCAUUCAGGGGGAGAAUCACCGAGAGUCGCUGUGAUGACGCUCGGCUCAAACAGCGUAUUUCCGGGUGAGCUACGCAAUCUUGGUCAGCCAAUAGGCUGUAUCAAGUGUCAAUCAUAGAAAACGUGGACCUACUAAUAACUUUUGAAAAUGGGGCUGCACAGAAAAAAGAGGACUUGAGCACAAACCAGUCUGACAGUAACAACAUGUCAACAUCGCAACCAGGGGGGAGAAAAAUUUAUGUUCUGUGUAAUAAAUUUCUAAAGUUUGUUCACAGCCCCAUAAGCUUUGCUGGCGGAGGCAGGAUUUAUGACCUAUACUGCAGCCCGCCACCAGAGGGUGCUGUUCUCGGAGUGGCUUCACCCAGCGAGGAGGCAGACUCUGUUCAUUCGAUACAGUCUAUGAUCAUGACAGAAAAAAACAAAACACCAGCAUAUAAUAUUAAAAAAAACAAUAAUAGUAGGUCAAAAACUUCAUUAAAAAGCACAGAUCUUAUAUCGUAAAUAUAUUUCCAGCAUUGACAUUGAUUUGUCGUACAUGUGCAUAAAAAUCUUGAUAGAUCUUCUAUCCAGCAGUAAGUGAGGUGGCAGAAGUUUGUUUUGUUUCCUUUGGGCAGCCUCAGCAGUUAAGUACAUGCACAUUUAAGUGGAGCUACGAUUACUGCGUGAUUAGGCAUUAUAGAGAUUGACUACUGGCUUUGUUCAAGUAUACAAGCAUCUGAUUACUUCACAUGCCAAAACAAUCGACAAACAAGCCAGCGAGAAGCAAAGAAAACAGUAAAUGCCAGCGCAAAGAACUGGCAUCAGUCGACACCAGCUCUUAUACUCGUGGGUUGACGACAUUAUAAUUGUGCUAGCAUUGUGAGUCCAACAUACUUGUACACUGGAGGGUCUGCAAUGUUUACAAUAUUGGGCCUGAGUGCUAGCUGGCAAUAUGAUGUCUUCUGUUCCCUCCUUGUUUGUGUGUUUGGAGCUGAUUAAUGUUGUGUAGCAGUUUAUCAUUGUACGGUUUUCAGAAAGAGGAAAAGAGGAGAGAUUUUGGGGGAGAUGGACUAAACUUGGCACUUGAUAUUCUUCCUAAAUUAUCAUGCAAUGCUCCAGUAAUGUUCUUUUAAAUAUCUGUAUUUCAUUUUUAUCAGGUGUUGUCUUGUAUGGCUGUUAAGAUCUUUGUUAUUUAUGUCUUUACUCUCUUGGUGCCAAAAAACAAUUCUCCUGAGGGGCAAUAAAGGUUCAAAAUUCAUCCAUUUAUUCAUCCCUUCAUUCAUACAGCCUCUAUGGCAGUGGAUGGGGAUGGUGGUGAUACCAGUAAUGUUUGCCAUCAACCAGAUCAAUCAAAGGGUUGGCAGUUUGCAUUGUUUUACACCUAAUAGGUUCUUUUUUAUUAUGAGCUGCACAUCCGAUUUUGUGUGCAGAGGUAUAAAAUCCAGACUUGAGGGGAUAGAUAGUCCUGCUUUGCCUACAGGGGUGACAAAACCACAUUAACCAAAAAGUUCCUCACAGGAGCUUCAAUAUUAAAAUACAAAAACCUGUUUUUGCACAUUUUGAAUUUGGCUAAGUAUGCAAAUGUGCAGUAUAUACAGUCAAACAGAAUGCACGUUGGAUUAUACCAAUUACCAUUAUAAAUAAAUCCGGCACAUGGCUUUAGCAUGAAGAGCAAUUGGAUUCAUGCAAUUCCUCUUACAUGCAUGCAUUCAGCGAUCACCUGGCUGUUAAAGGAAGCAUGUCUCAUAGUCUUUCAUGCUUAUUUUAGCAACCUCUGGAGGGAAUUUGGGUUUCCAUUCUGCUUCCUCUUCACCUAACACACAGGAGCACAUGCCCUGCAGAUGAAACCAUUACAGAAGGGUCCCACGCAGCCAAAUUAUUGUAUAAUGGUAUAAAAGAUUCCCAGGGUCUGUUCCAGCCCCUUUCUUGCCCGACUGACUGUAAACCAAAGAGCAAUAAAUAUCCUAAGCAGGGUCGGGAAUUUACUGCACCUGUAGUAACCACUACAACGUCUUAAUAAGCAGCAGAUGUUGGAGUGAUUGCACCGAGCCUGAAACACAUGCAUGGAAAAAAGGGAAUUCUUUGUUCGGUACAGUUUCAUCACCUGACCAAAGCUGCUUCACCUCUGUUCCUCAGGGGGGGCUCUCAUUCAUUCUGAUCAGCAGGUAACAGGGCUGGAAUUAAAAACAAUUUGGAUUUAGUGUCACGGUGACUCGGUUGUCGAUUACCGGUCAGGAAAUAGCUGUCGUGAACGCUUAUACAUGAUGCAUGAGGCCGCUGGAGGAACACUGUGUAGUUCUGGAGCAAUCUGUAGCCCAUAAUGUGUGAAAAUGACAAUUUAGUCAACGCACAGAGCAGAUACAACCCUCAGGGAGGCGUAACCAAUACUAAUUUGUUAUGGCGCUGAUGGUUUUGGGAUUAUAACACAUUUUUGUAUGCUUAACGUCAUCAGGCAUGAUAGGAACUCUGAAAAAUGGCUCUUCCCUUUUACAAGUGUCUCGUCUGACCUCGCGUCAGAGACAGGUGGACAUGUUUAUCGCUUUUUCAAGGCUGAACGCUGCUCUGGCCUUAAUAUUUCCAGUCUUCUCCAGAAGAAAGGCAAAGUUAUGUCUAGUAUAUCAUGCGGUAUGACCAGCAGAUAAACUCUGAGCCGAGAGCCGAUGGAGUGAGUAAUGAUAUCAUGUGAAGAAAGAUGGAUUUAGUGCAGCUAACAGGAGCCAGAAUGAAUGGUUCUCAUUCCUCCCGCUCCUUUUUUUUAAUGAGAAACAUGCAGCAGUCUGGAUAAAGGGGGCCGCUCUCAUUAGUUAAUCUUUGCUGGGAGGCAUAUAACAUUUAUUAAUGCAUCUGGGUAUGCAUGCGCAAAUGUCAGUGAGUAUAAAAAGCAUAGUUUUGUGUACUUUUCAAAAUGCACCACGCUGUUUUAACCCUGUAAUCCUGUAAUAUAUUUCGUUUCAUCAUAACAGGCUGCAGUAGCAGUUCUAUUAAUAAUUGUUUAAGGCUUGUGUGCACGAAUGCAAGAUUGUGCACACGUCCAUGUCCUCCUGCAUGUGUGCACCAGCUCUGUUCCGGCAGGGGAAAGGUUAAUGUUUAACAGCAUGAAUGCUUCACCCACUAACGUGUGAACAAAGCACAAUGGCUGCACUGUAUAGGCUCUUAUUUAUUCAGAGUCACUUCCUCCCUUAAUAGUCGGCUCUACUUUCCUCAAACAGAGAAAAAAAAGUGGGUCAAGGAAAAGUCAUGUUUGAGGUAAUUCACUCUGGGGGACCUGCUUCUCUGAUCAUUAGAUGACAUUGGUUAACCCGGAGAGUGAGGUCAUUUUUAAGUCAAAGUUACACCCAGAAUCCAGCCCUCCACGGCUGGUAGCAUGUCUGCAUUUUACUGUACUCAGAGGGCGAAUCAGUAAGGGAGGACAUCAGUGAGGGGAUUGAAAAUUCACAAGCAUGAAAUGACAGAACUGUUUAUAUAAAGGAGAUAAAGGAAAGCUGCAGGGAAAAAAAACAAAAAGAGUCUGGUUUGUGACCUUGUGGGUUUUGCUCUAAUCAAAUAUUGGUUUUCUGCAGACGUCCUCCGCACCGUUUAAGAGUUCUGCUUUGAUGCAAGCGAACAAAAGAUCCACAGCGGAGACUCACUUCGAUGGUUCAUUCCAGAUCUUCUUGCACAAAGACCUGAACCAAGCAGGAAUGCAAACACAUUGUUACCCCCACCUUCUGCAAUUACUUGUGAUGAGUGUCUGAGGAUUAAGCAGGGUAUUUGCUGACUUUUUGGAUUUAAUAUGAUUUCAUCCGUGCAGAUCUUAGGAAUACCUUUUCAUCAGGAUCUAAUGCUCUCAUGUCAGGGUUCUUUUUUCUCCUCUGUUUCCCCUUUCUCUGCAUAAACAAGUACAGAUUUUCCUUUCACAUUCUCCCCUUAAUUAUAGUCUCAAUAAAGGGGCAUUCCAGGCAUUGUUUUUACAGACUUUCCCAAGAUGUUAGGAACAGAGAGUCCUAAAAUUGAGACCUUUACUCAGUGAAGGUCUCAAUUUUACCCAGACUGCUUGAGGAGCAGGGGUGAAAAAAUUGAAGGGUACCUGUUGUAUGCUGUGAAAGACUGUGGUUGUUAUGCAAGGGUUGUGUUUUAAGUAUAAUACACACAAACACAUGUAAUCAGGUGAGACUACCUAUCGGGCAUUCAUCAGAGAGGCAUCAAGAGGGCACUUUAUUUACAUGUUACCCACCGGAAAGGCAUCCAGGGGGCACUUUGUUUUAGUUUUAUCCAUUUGAAGGAAAUCAGGAAGGAAACUUUGUGUAUUUUACACAAAAAGGGCACAAAAAAAACACUAUUUACAUUUGACCAACAGGAAGGGCAUAAAGAGGGCACUUUGUUUACAUUUUAUCUAUGAGGAGUUCUCUUAGAGGGCACUUUGUUUACAUUUGACCAACUAGAAGGGCAUCAAGAGGGCCUUUUGUUUACAUUUUAUUUACAAGGACUUCUUUUUGAGGGCACUUUGUUUACAUUUUAUUUACAAGGAGAUCUUCUAGAGGGCACUUUGUUUACAUUUUUCCUCUCAACAGGUGUCAAAAAUGUUCUUUGUUUUCAUUAGAUCUUCAGAGAGUGUAACCAAGAACACUCUAUUUACAUAUUUCUAAUGGGAGGGAUUACAUUGGGCACUUUAUUAACAUCAUGUUUACUAGCACAGCAUAAGAGGGUACUUUAUUUACAUGUUAUUUACCAGAAGGGCAUCUAGGAGGCACUUUGUUUACAGUUGAUCCUCUCGAAGGGCAUCAAGAUCGCACCUUGUUUUGGUUGAAUAUAUUGGACACGCACCUAGAGGUCACUUUCUUUCCAUUUAAUCUACCUGAAGGACUUUCAGGGUGUGCUCCACUUACAUUUUAUCCACUGGAAGGCCAUUCAGCGGGCAUUUUGUUUGAUUUUAUCUACUGAAAGGGCACUUAUGGCACUUUUUAUGUGACUUCUGGCACCAUUAAGGCCAUUUUCCAAUGUUUAUCUCCUACAGAGGCAUUUAAGCUGCAUUUUUUAGUCAUGAGGGCACAUGAGUGGAUAAUCAUCCACCCUCCCCCUUUUAGUUCAUCAUGGCCUUUACUUACUUGUAUGAGAGCAGGUAGAUUUUGACCAUUUCUAUCAGUACCACAUGUACAUACCUGCAUCUGGACCUAUACCACAGGAUCACAUUUUUCUCAUAUAAUUCAUUAUGCACUUUAUGAGCCGGUAUGUUGGAGCCCACAGAAAUGGGAUGUAAUUAAAAACAUGUCAUUGUGAUGGAGGGCCGAGCUGUAAUAGCUUGAAAGCUAUCGGCUUGUUUCCUACUGAGCCAGCAGAUGGAUAUAAAAGCAGUCAAUCAGAUCUGCUGUUUUUGCUCUUUUGCUUCAAAGAGAAAAGAGUCAUUUCCCCUGUAAGUUUUUCAAAAGAAACAACAAAAAGUUAUGGUUACAUAUUUUAAAGUAGGCGUGCUGUUAUGAUGGGAAGGUAAAGCUGAAAAGCCUAAAAUAUGGUGCUUUUGACCCAAUAAUCUCACUCAUUUGACCACAAGGAGUGCAUUUAUUAUUCUGUGAGAUCUGCCGGAGAAGGCGGCCUAUUUUUUGUUCGACAGUUUGUACUCGAGGCCAAACUCUUCACACAGUUAUGAAAGAGCCUCUUCAUUGGGAAGUCAUGCCCGGGCCUUGUUUUUCUUUGCAUCUGGCACUCUGUCAUUCAAUCUGUUCCCACCUGGCUCCCCACCAAACCCAAAUGAAAACAUCAAAGCGGUCUCUGAUAUCUGAAGUAAUUGUUUUCUUAAAGAAGUGUCAUUGUUGGUUUAUCCACUUACUCCGUUUGAUCGACAGCCACGGUCAAGGUGCCAGGAGACAAAGUCCGGAUGAUAUCAAGUUACAUCUUGAUAAGAAUGCUGUUUGUUAUUGGAUUAGGGAAAGAUUGCACACCUUUGUGUUACAAUAUAAAAGCAAAACACCAAAUUAAAAGUACAUUUACUGAUGGUGGUUAUGUUGUAGAUGUUUCUUUAAUCUCCUGCUGAAACAGAUUAAAAUGUUUAUUAAUCACUGACUACUUAAAAAAACGUGCAUCAUUGAGUGAUGGAGCCAAGGCCUCAGAUUUAGCUCUCAUAUUGGCAAGGAAACAAAAAGUAUGUAUGUGUGUGUAUUUAGUGUGAUCUCAGAACCAAACAGAUUAAUUGAGAUUAUGAUUUGUGGCAUAAUUGAGCAGCCCUAAUUACUUGCACUUGGGUGUGUAGUGUUGGGUGGAGAUCCUACACAAGCUGAAUCAAGUUUAAAGAGUUUGACUAUGUAGACUUAACUUCUUCGUGGCAGGUUUUGCAGAGGGGUGAUUGGUCAUCUUGAAUAACUUCUUUGUUAUUUUUGGUGUGCCUGAAAUGCUCCCAUGAUGCUGGCUGACUUUACUGUCGUCUUUGGUUGGCUUGGUUGCUCUGCCACGGUUAAGCUAACGUAAUGUGACCAGGAUGUCUUAUUCAAUGCAGGCUGCGCCAAACACGGUGCAUUGGUAGAGACUGACAAAAGACACACUCUCUAUUGGAGUGUUAUAAAUAAGAAUAACAUUUCAAAGAGUGAGAAUAAGUGAAACUGGUUAAUCUCUAGCCAUCCAACAGUGCGAGUUACAUUCAAAUUUUGACCAAAUUAUUGGAAGGAACCAUUGAACAUUGGCUGGAAAUUAGUAGGGACAUGCUGCUGUUAUUCUUACCAAAUUCUUACCCUUUGAAUGAAGCUUUACCCAAGCCACAGACAGAAAACCUUGCGUUAGUAAGCAAUGCGCAGGGGGUACCAAUUGCAUCUAUUUUCGAUGUGGAGGGUCGGCCAUAGACUUUUGCCCAAAGUGCCCAAAUCCGAGACAAUUUGGGCAAGGUCUCAAGGUGUUGAUAUCUGUCGAAGUAGGCCUGUCAUUUAAGCCUAUGGCCGACCCUUUGCCAGCAAAGACGACUUGAGCACAGUCUCAAAGCGUCACUAUCUGACGAAACAGGACUCUUACUGAAGUCUGUGGCAGACCCUCUGUGUCGAAAAUGGACGCGAGUGGUACCCCCAUGUGCAUCGCUUACUGACGCAAAGGGUUUCUGCCUGUCCGUCAAUAUAUGACGAGUUGGGAAUGAGAACGUGUUGGUGAAAACUGUCCAAUCUGAGCAGCUGUACCCAGGCAGAACCUGGGACUCCUUCACUCCUUUAGGUCUGAAAAUGAUCAAUAUUUGGCAUUUGAAGAACGUAGAGGGACAAACCACCUUUUUAAUGUGUUAAAAAAAACACUGAGCAAGGCUUUAGUGAGUGUUUUGUUUCUUAAUUAUUUAAGAAACGUACCCGACUGUUUGUUAGGUUAUGCAACACGCUGAUAAAUCCUCAUCUUAACAGCCCUUUGCUCAGUGACAUUAACUACCAAAACAUAGACUGCCGUAACAAUAAAGCAUCCCUCUAAAAGCUUUCUUGCUAAGCCAAGCAUUUAAGCUAAGCAACCAUAGGGUCAUUGAGGAAUAACACACGAGCCUGUUCCUUUAUUUUUCCUUAAUACUGGACUAUCUCCAUGCUACAACACAAAAACACACAUUAUUUAUCUACAUUACUGCUGGAGAAUGUGUUUUGACAAAACCUCAAGACUUAAAUCAUUAAACCAGCCAGCUACAGGAGCUCAGCUUGCAUAAAUCUGCCAGCAAAAGUUGAUAUUUCAGCCUGUUUCUGAUUGUUUUCCUCCGAAAUCGAGGACAUGUUGUAUCAAAAGUAACAAGCAUUUUAAACCUCAAGUAAAAGAAGAAAGGCUCCACACGCUUCAAUUUCAAUUCUCUUUGACUUGUUUUUCAUUCUGAAUAAUUAACAAACACUUAAAACAGAGCGUUUCCCUCACUUCACCGACCACUCCUCCAGACAAAUUAGUUAUCCUUGGAAACAUCCAGAGAAAGUUAGUGCGCCAGUGGAACUUUUUGACAGCUGACAGGGUGGCCACAUGGCACUAACUUAACCUGUCUGUGUUUGUGUUUCUAUUACAAGCAAACAACCUCUGAGUGAAUCACACCGUUGGGCCUGAAUCACUCCCUUCAAUCAAAUUUAUGGCAAAAUAAAGACCAAUCAAGCUCAAAAUGUGUUUCAAACAUCAAUAUCUUCACUAAGUUGCACCAGGGAAAUGUUUACUCAUCCGUUUAAUGGACCGACAGACUUCUAGCAGCACACUCCUUCUAAUGAGCACAUUAAACCCCUACAGCUUCCUCUGACGGCUAGACACAUUGGAUUGGAUUAUGAAUACUGAAUGAUCACUGGGGCUACAAAUAUGAAUACUGCUUAAACAAGCUAAGAACAGGCCAGGGAUGGAAUUGGAAUACCUUGCGUUUGGUCUGUUUAAAGGAAAUUCAAAGAAAACUGUGUACAGCCUCAGUGCGCCCCAAGUCCAAAAAUCUUGCAGUCACUUUAUUGCAAGUGCGACAUAUCAUUUUGCUGAAUGGGGGUUUCUGUUGAUGGAAUAGAGGGUGCUGACAGGGACCCAACUUUCACUGGAGUAGAAGUCAGAAAACCACUCAAGGAUGUACAAUAUGAGUGUACCACUCUCUCUCCAAUCAUAAGUCAACUUGGAUCACCUAUUGAUUCGAUAGUAACUCUGGUAUACGCUAUAUAGGAACGUUUUUUAACCUAUACUUGAAGAGGAUAUUGAGGUUCAGAGUUACACAUAAACUUGUGCGUGGCAGCUGUCAGCCAGGAGGCCAAAGCCAGCCUCUUCACCUCCUUGCUUAUGUCUAGGUUAACCAAAUAUCAUGUUGAGUCAGCAUUUCCAAUACGAGCCUCUUCAGAAACCAAUGGAUGACAUCAGAGACUUCAUAGUCUGUGCUAAAGAGCACAUUUUUCUCACAUGUGAUAAAGACCAGCUGUGUUCUCACACAUGGCAUGCAUGUGCUAAGCCAGGUCUGAUAUUUUAUUGCAUAGGGCCAUAAAUCUGCUGUAUUUCUGUAAUUUUCACAUUUCAUAAUGAGCUGCAUUUGUCUUCUCGAGCUAUGAGAAUAAGAAUAGUAAUAUCAUUCCUCGCAUGUGCUGGUAGACUUGAUCAGGCUGUUUUGAUUUGGUGAAUUGGAUUAACAGCCCUGUAAUCAACAUGGCUGCAGGUUGGUAUUAUAUCAGUGGUUGUGAGGCUCAGGUGGAAUUAUCCUGAUGGUGUCAGGGUGUCUGAUGAAGCCUCGGGGAGGUAGAGUGACAAGCCUCUUCACUGUGAUUAAAUUCAGAGGCUACUGGUCCCAGUGGGCUUUAAUGGCUUGAUGAGAGAAGAGCUGUUUGAAACCAUUGGGCAGUGAUCCAUGCGAGUUACUGAACAAAUCUGAGUCUAAUUGAGUUAUGUUGGCAACAAGCAGUUAUGAACCAGCUUGUAUGCAUAAAGCAAAACUACAAAGUUCAUUGCUGUCAGCUUAGUUUUCACAGGUUGACUAGUUUUCAUGUUGGCCAACAUAGUUUAUCAGCUGUAUCACGUUAUAACCUGCUGUACAGUUGGAGACAAUGCCAUGUAUACAGUACAGUAUGAUACAAUCUAAUAUGGUUAAUUAAAAUGCAAUGCAACACAUUGCAGCAUGAUGUCUUACAGUGUGUUUGGAUUAAGAGACCAUGUAAUGGAGAACAAAUACAAUGCAAUGCACGACAAUGUGAUGUGAUAACAUAUUAUGUGAUACAGUACAAUACAAUUCAAGACAAUGUGAUAUAAAACAAUACAGUGUAAUGCAAUACAAUCCCCAACACAUUACAAUGUCUGAUAUGUUAUAGUGCUGCGUGAUACCGUAUGUUAUGAUAUUAUAACCUUUAUUUAACCAGGUUUGUGCCAUUGAGAUCCAAGAUCUCUUUUGCAAGAGAGACCUGGCCAAUGAUACAAUACGAUGCGAUAGUUGAUCAGUGGUAACACCUGUGUAACUCAGCAGCGGCAGUGCUCAGUCUUUAUAAUUGGCCAGUGUAUAUUGUGGUAUUAACUUCUAUCCAGAGUGCUUAAUUAAUCCCACUGGGAAAAAUGGACUUAAAAGGACAGAUGAUACUGUUUAACAUUAAAAUGAAAAGCCAGGGGACAAAACAGCACAUUGUUACAACAAUAACAAUGAGAGCAGCGGGGUGCAGAGUCCCCGUAGCAAAAUAUGGAAAUUCAACAUUUACAAACAUCCUCAUUUUUCCUCAGAUUAUUCUCAAAGGACAGAAUAAGCGUUCAAUUUUUAGGAUGUUCCUCAUAAAUAUGACAGCAUUAUACUAGUCUUUUUCAUUUAAGGAAAACUUUAAAUUUAGGGAGGUUUUCAUGUUGAAUUCCUGUUAUGAUGUAACAAAUGUAAAUUAGUCAAAUGUUGGAUCAGAACAGAUGUGUCAGGGUUUUUCCAGAUGACACUGUCUGAAGGUGUAUAAAUCCUGACGCUGUCAUAUGUCUUUUUUACUGUCCAAUACUUCAUUUGAUUAAGUACGUCUUUGCCAGGUGUUUGACACAUUUAUGUUCCAAAUCAUAACCUUGUCAGUGUAAAAACACCCAGUGAUCCCCCCCCACAUGAAUGAUUUUAAUGGAACCAAUCAAACUUUUACAGUACGCCAAGAACAAAUCAUAAAUCUUUGUCUCUAUUUUGGUUUUAGGGGUGCAGGACUCACAUCAGGAGAAGAUUAUAACAGUGUCUGGAGAGGGAAUGGUCCAGAGCCCUGACUUCCCAAACACUUAUCCCAGGAAUACCGAGCUGGUCUGGAGACUAGUGGCGAGCAGUAACAUGAGGAUCCAGCUCACGUUUGACGAGAGGUUCGGUCUGGAGGACCCUGAGGAUGGAAUAUGCAAGUAAGAACAUACAGAUUUUUAUUGAUAUCUUGGUAUGGUUUUAAACUGUAAUUUGGGCUAAAAGUUGAUCAGUAGGCCAAAAUUCGGUAACACUUUAUAAUAACUAUACGUUACAACUUGUUAAUAGAGCAUCUGUAAACUGUUAAUUAAUAAGUAAUUCAUGACUUGUUAAGGAUUUAUAAUGAUGCCUUACAGAUAGUUAAUAUAUCAUUAAUUAACUGUUAGUUUAUGAGUUAUAAAUGACUUGUUAACUGUAUGUAGAUGAUUUAUAACUAUACCUCACAAAUUGGUAAUAGAUCAUGAACAAGCUAUCAGUAAAUUACUAACUUAUAACUUGUUCAGUAUCAGUUAGAAGUUUAUACAUGUUAUUGGGAAGUCAUUUUAUAGUUGCAAUUAUUCCACAUUUAUUAACAGUUAAUAAAUGAGGAAUAGCUGCAACUUUAGAAUAACAAGUCAUUAGUAACUAAUUUACUAAUAGCUUGUUUAUGAUCUAUUACCAACUUUUAAACUAUAAACUAACAGUUCAUUAAUGAUUUAUUAACCAUCUAUAAGGCAUCAUUAUAAAUCCUUAACAAACACUUAACAAGUCAUUAAUAACUAAUUAAUUAACAGUUUACUAAUGAUCUAUUAACUAGUUAUAACAGAUAGUUAUUAUAAAGUGUUACCCCAAAUUCUUCUUCAUGUUAAGAGACUACGCUUACUUCUACUGUAAACUUACUGGGGGACUUUGAUUUAUAUCAGAACAGGACAAAAUCCAGUUUAAUUGUCCAAACAUUAUAGACUGAUAUUUCACAUCAGACCUUUCAUACUGAUGUUACAAAUGUGCUACUCUCCAAAUAACUCUCUGAACAGCUUAUAAAUUUCAACAUUAACGAUAAGAAAAAGUAUUUUUUAGUGUCGAAAUGAAAUAUCCACCACCCUUGAUGAGAUUGAUGACCUCCCUCAGCAGUUAGCUGUUGCAGACUUUUAAUUAAGAGCCUCCUAUUUGCUUGUUUGGCCUCGCUCCCAUCAAACAGGGGGUUCCCCAGGAUGGCACACCAGAUGUAUGUCGGUCUGGAGUAAAGACAUGUCCUGCCUGUGUUUGUAGCCAUCUCUAAAGAUUUAGAGUCAGAGUGUGGCCAUUUGUGAAAUUGCCUCGGUCUGGCGUGGCAGCUCUGGAAUAUUGAAAACCCAACAUCAGAGUGAUUUGUUUCACCCAAGACACCAUGAUGACGUGGUUUAGACCGGCGUAUUUUACUUGAUGUGGUCGAUAUUUUUAGCCCCUCACAUGAUUUUUCAAAAGACACGUGCCUCACCCACUGACUGUCACACAUAAACUCAGACACACACACUCAUAUAAACAGCAGAAAAGAUCCUCUGCUUUAUUGAGGAGCCCACUUUCAAUUACUGCCGGGGUUUGCCUCUGUUGCCGUUCAAUUCAAAGAGGGAUCCUGAGCAGCGGCGAUCGAUUUACCCUCUGUGCAUUAUGCUCAGUGCCCUGCUGUCAAUAUAUCACAACUGACUGGUUAGCAUGGAGGAGCCCAUAAAUGAAAGAAGGAGAGGAGCUGGGGGAGGGUGACCUCACUAGUCAUUCCUGGAGAGCCCCCUAAUGGAGAGUCAGGUGAAUGACAGCUUUCUGCAGAUCUGGCUCAUUCAGAGAGAAGAUUGAAUUUUCCUCGUCAGACCGAUAAAAACUGAAACUUUGAUGAGUCAUCGAUGCACUUUUUUUAGUUUUUGAAGAAAGCUUGAUUGUUGUUUUAAAAAUACAGACACAAUUUUGCAUUUAACAUCUCAUUACUGGCAGCUUAAAUGACUUUUUCUUCAACUGAGUGUCCGAAAACAUCAGAAUUGAAGUAGCUUUUAAGUGCUUUGUAACAGACAAUACCAAUAAAUGAGAUCCAAUCAUAUUUUGAUGAUCAUUUCAUAUCAAACAAUAUACUGAUGGAUGAACUGGCAGAGGCUUUGAGUGGCUUUGGCAACAGAUGUGCUGACUGUCGCUCCAAGAAAAUGUUUGUUCAAUAUCUUAAAAGACCCUCAAAACUCUUUUCCACUUUUAAAAUGUUUUAUUCAUGUGUUAAGGACCUGAUUGAGGUUUUUAAAGGCUGAAAUUUGGCCUUUGUGAAGCCAGUAUUGAGGUCUUGUUUGGAUGCUGGACAUGGCAGCAAGAGAGGCAUCUCUUCAAAAAGUAUCAGAACUUUUUACGAGUCGUAAGACUUCUUUUGGUCGUCAAUAGAAUAGAUAGGAGACAGGCUUCUAACAUUUUCAGAACACGACUUUUUGACCUGAAAAGAUGGGGCUUUGAAUUUUAUUUCAGGCUGUAUUACUUUCUUUAACCUUCCUCCUGUGUUAGCUUUUACCAUGUACCCACUAUGUUAAGGGUCGGUUUCAACCUGUGUCUUAAAUCAGCUGUAAAUUACACUAAAAACAAUUCUCUAUCAUCCAAUUUGGUUCCCCUCUCUAGGUUAACUUGUUAGGCUUCAUUAUCCAUGAAAAUAUUGCUUAUAAUAUUUUAUGUAGUGGGUCUCUGGGCCUUUCUUUGUCAGUAUACCCCUCAUACAGACAUCUAUUCUGUAUUGAUCUUACAUGUCUGGACAUGCCCGACGUUGUUUUUUGUGCAGGGAAACACAUGGAAAAAUGAGAAUUUCCUAAAUCUCACAUGAUUGGAAGAGGAUCUGACUGUCAGUGCGGUGUCUGACAGUGCACAUAUGAUUUUAGUUUUUGCUCUGAUUAUUAGAUAUUGAUCUAACCAGGUCAACAGCGAUCCUAAAACAACAAGUGCCAUAAUUUUAAUAAGAGCAUUUUAUGAUUUAGUCAAUUAAAUUUUUUUUUUAUUAUUUUGUUGAUAUCGAGUUUCCUGACAAAAUCAAAAAUGUGUAAAACGGUGCAGACCCUAACACAGGAGGAGGGUUAAAUCAGACACAAACAGUAAAUAUUUAAUAAAACAAACACUCAAUAAAGUGAAAUCUUCCAUUAUUCAUCAAGAUGUGCAACCUGCCUUAUAUUGGCUUGAACUUCCAUUAGAAGUUUUACGGUAAUGAAAAAUAGGUCCAUAAAUCAAUUUGUGUCUCGAUCAGUGAAAGUUCCUUGGUGUCAGCUUUAUUGAUCAACCAAAUAUCUAUCAUCCUGACCCACAGAAACAGCUAGAGGUGGCUUUUCACCUGAUUUAGCUGUCAAAUGUGUUGCCAUGCUCAAUAAUUUUCCUCCUGUCCCCCGGUCUUAAAGAACGCAGUAUGUAAGUGCAGGUAAUUUAAGCCCCUCACUCAGCUCACCUCUGCGGUGGGCCGGGAGCUCCUUGACGAAUGAGGUUAGUGUUGCUGUUGAAAACCCCCGAGAGGCGAAAGUUCCACCUCGGGGCAGGGUGCAGACUGACAACCUUUGUGCUGUCCCGCCUUUUUACAAGACAGCACUAGUCAGCGUCCUCGGGGAGAGGGGCGCGAGACAAUAACUGCAUCCUUUUUUUCGGGGUCAUGCAAGUCAUCGCCACGUCUACUGCUCUCGCUCUCACAUUUUUCAUUUUCUCUCUAUCUCCCCCCUAAAAAACCCGCCCCCGCCAAUGAGGCCCAACAGGUUUUGAUCCGAUCCCAAGAUACACAGUCUUGGCAGGGCCGGGGAGACGGCUGAAUGCAGCAUGCAGUCACAAGCAGAAGCAGAAACAGACACACAUUCACAAGUCUAUCUGCUUGUUAUAACUCUUGCCUUUUAUUCCCUCUCUGUCCCACAUACACAGACUCGCAUAAACCAGCCCCGGGCCAGGUCUGCAUAUCUGCUUUCAUAUCUUUCAUUUUGCAACAAAUUCUUCCCAAUCUUUGCCCUUAGACCUUCCUCUGCUGCUGCUUCUUUCCAUGCGCAUCAUUGAUAGCUCCUCUUACCCUUUCGCCACUUCGCAGGGUAAUGCAAACAAACAGGAAUGUAAUCUCCUGUCCAAUGAUUCGCAGUGAUGGCAUGGGGAAGAGAGAGCAAACAGCAGAGCUUGGCUUUAGGAAGCCUGCAGCGAGAAGUCUUCGCUAAAGAUGAGAGCGAGAGAGGGGGGAGAGGCUGAGCAGCCGAGAUGCUCAUCAGCUAUUCUGUUUGUCUGUGGCACGAUGAAAAGCAUUCUCACCAAAUCCACUGGAAGAAAGGCGUAUUGGAGGGGGAUCGGUCUUUGCUGCUGGUUGGCAUGGCAGCGGAGUCGUGCUUGAUGGCUCACAGACAGGGCUGCACUCAGACAUGGCUUUUUUUUUUUUUUUUUUAUCAAACCAGAUCACCACAAACAGUGUUGGUGUUACUAAUCUGCAACAUCCAGGCGGCAGAUAUGAAGUGUUUACUUACAUGAGAAGACAGGAUGAUCAUUAAACACCCUUUAUUUACAGGGAGGUAAUCCCAUCUGCGCUGUAUAGGAGAUUCCUUUCGCUGUGACUGUAUGUACAGUUUGGUAUGUAUGUCAGUGUAUUUGUAAAUCUGGGAAACCGCUGUUCGACAUGCUGAUACUGAACACAUGGCGAUGUGUAAUGAUCAGGGGCGUCCUGAAUUAUUGAUGAGCCAUCUGUCAAAGCUCUGGAGCUGUCUGAGGACUGAUUUUCAGAGAGGAAAGCUUCUCUCUCUUCUCCACUGACCUCCAUCAAGAUGAGGCUUAACUCCGACUGUAUCCUUUUCCAGCACCAUUUUCCACCAUGCUGGUUUGCGUUUAUGUGAAUGAAUGUUUUAUAGCACAUGUGGUUAUCUAACAUUUGUGCAUUCAUUGGUUCGCAAAGCGAGCACUCUCAGUCUGUUUGUUUGAGCGCAUUACAAACUUCCUAUCUGACUUUCUAAAUCAAAGGCAGCAGAGUCAGUCAAUGUAUCGACGCCUCUCCCCUUCAGUUUAUUCAACAUCACAGAAAAUCCAUUUUUAGUCCCGCUCAUGUCCCCUCAUGUUGUUUUAUUCAAACCAACUCAAACUGAAUCUGUCAAGCCUGCGCAGAAUGUAAACAAUGUCCCUGAAAUCCAAAUAUCCGAAUUGGCAGCACUGAAUGAGAGGUUAGCGUGCCUGUUGACGCAAAUGGCAGAGUGAUUUAUCCCAGACUGUAAAGAGUCGGUGAAACAAGGCGGUAUUGAACGCACCACAGCUACUGGUUAAACACACAGGUAUAAAUAAUGAAGGCUGAACUCCUGAACUGUGUGUUUUAAGUGCUGAGGUUGGUUGAUGUUAGCCUUGGCAUGCUGAAAAAGAGUCUGGAGCUCGGCCAUGUGCUCCUGCGCUGCACACUGUUUACAGGUCUUCUGGGUCGGCGGGGUGGUCAGUGAGACACAGACUGUCAUGUAAUUACAGGGUUGCAAAGUUUGCUCCCCACAACAAGGAAAAAAGUACUUUUAUUUAUACUUUUCUGAACUGUAAUGCCUGUUUUUAUUUUGUCUUCUCAAAUCUGUGAUGUUAGAUAUUUGAAUGUUUCAUCUGUCUUUUCCGUAAGAUUUUUUGGUCACACUUUCUAUAAAACCACCCUCCUUAUGAGUGAUUAUAAGCAUUAAAAAAACAACCUCAGCAAUGUUUAUGCAGAAGUUUAUGCUCUAAACUUAAAGCACCUGUGAGGAGUUUUUUAAAGUUUAUGAAAUAGUCCAAAAUUUAUAUUAAUGCCUUUUUAUGAUAUCCAAAAUCGAUCAGGGACAAAACUGGUAAUAUGGAUGUAGUCAUUUUAAUGCCUGUAACUGGUGCAUCAGGGUAGGUGUCAGCCGAGCAGCUAAAGAAAAGACAUUCGUAAUAAAUAGAGCGUUUGAUUUUUUUUAAGUCUGCAGGAGGAGUUUUCUUUCUCAAAAGACACAAUUUGAGCAUGUAGAGGACAGUAUCAGCAAUGCCUGUUUUGUCCACAGGGGGCGCCAAAGUUGAAUUAAACUUAAACUUCCUCACAGGAGCUUUAAUGCAAAAUUUACAGUGUCUUUAAACUGAAAAUAUCACUCCCACAACUUCAUCCAAACUCAUGAGAUCUCACUCAAUGCUUCAUAGGAAGAUAAAAUGCUAUUAUUCUAAUCUGGAAAAAUGUGUUUUUUAUACUUACAACAUGCUACAGCAUGACUUUAGACACACUGAUUAAACUUUAAUAUACAAUAAAGAAAUCAUAAAGUAUUUUUAUGAUAGUUGUGAUUACUGUAUAAGAUACUAGAUAUGGUUAAUUACUAAUUCACAUAUAAUUUUAUACACUUUUACUAGUAAAGCUCUAAAGACAUCCAAGGGGUACAUCCGUACUUAAAGAAGACCAAAAUUAUAAAAAUUACAAUAAAAUAAGAACAUUUAAUAAAAUAAUAAAGCCGUCAAAGGCAGGUAGUCUUUGAUAUGCUUUAUAAAAGUGAAAAAAGUGUGUUACUUUAUAUAUUUUUAACAAAAAGGGGAAUGCUGAUUAAAGCUCCUGCUGGGAACUUUUGGUUUCUGUCAAUUUUGGCACCCCCCUGUGGACAAAAGUACUCUUGACUGUUGAUCUGGUUUUCUGAUGUUUUUAUUUGUAUUUUGGUAUCAUGUCUAGGGCUUAGUAUGAAUUUUGCUCUAUUUCAUAAAUAUCACAGAAACAUCACAUAUAGGAGCUUUAAAGGCCCAUAUUUUUAAAAUGGUACCAAGGUUUGUUUUGUUUGUACACAGAAUAGGUUCUGUAUAAACUUUUAUGACUGGAGGCAGUUGUGGGAGUUAUAAUGUGUCUUGAAACCCAGAAUUUAAAAGGUGUUUUUGUUGGUAUUGCAUGAAGGUAUAAAACAUUUUAAAUCACACAUUUAUGAGGCAUUAUGUUUGCUGCUGUUCACACUCUAUAAACUUUGUUACACGUUGUUGUGAGGACUUAUGAGGAUUGUUUUCAGGCAUAAUAAAAGUGUCCAUAAUACUUUAUGAGUUGUGGGUUUAUAUAAAGCGCUACCUUUUUGUAUUUGCUUUGUAUUUUCUGAUUCAGUCCAUUGAUUCUCAGUCUAAAACGGCUUCUGCAGUUUUCAGGGAUGUUCUGUUCUUAGCUUGAAAUUGCUGUGUAAUUUAAACUCUGAAAAAGUCCAAUUACACGGCUUAUGUCCAUGUAUUUUGAAAAGGAGUUUCUGACAGUGAAAAUGGAAGUGCAUCUCUAAAAACUCUGUAUAUUGUUGAACCGAUAAAAGCACAUUAUGUCAGAAUUGCCUUUGCAUAACGUCCUUCAACAGUAAGUGUAUUUUUAUUCACAAGGAAGCCCAAAGCUGGAGGUGUAUUCAGAGUGAGCAAUAAUCAUUUCUAUGUAAUAAAGUGAGUUUUCACUGCAGCUGAGUGUUUAUUAUUGAGAAAAGAAAAGAGACGUGCAGCUCCUGUAGAAUCAUCACACUGCAAAGAACAAUAUAACAAGAUCCAGACGUAAUUAAAAACUAUAUGUCAGUGACAACAUGUAGCAUCAGCGUAAUAGUCUUGUCAGAGAGCUGUGUCGGCAGCUGUUUAUACCGCACUGUCAACCAACCUGAGAUUUGUCCUGAAUAUAAAAGCUGUAUCCGGUUUAAUUCCAGGCAGUAAAUAUUAGAAAUGUGUCACUGCUGAGAUCCACAGUAACCUGCUGUUAAAGAUAUUUAUCUCCUUUUUUUGAAUGAGGUUAAACCUUUAUUUCCCUUGGAGGCUUGAUUGAUAUUAAGACACGAGUGCUUACUGAGUGUAACAGCCAAAAAGAAAGUCAACUUUAUAACAAGUCCUCUUCAUCUGUGGUUUUCAACCGGUGGGUCAGGACCCAAAAGUGGGUUAUGCCGCCAUUUUCAGUGUGAUGUAUGCAGGAAAAUAAUGGAAAAGUCUUUUUCAUUGCUUUAUCUUGAAGAAGCAUGUGUUUUCUGUGACAACAGUGGGGUCGUUUCAGCUUGAUACCAGCUGUCACCUGCCAUAUAACUACAUGAUGAAUAAGUCUGAGUCACUUUGUCAGUAAGAAGGUGGUGGAAGGUUUCUGAGGAACCCUUUAGUUAAGCUUGGAAGAGUCAAUGUUAAGAGUUAAUCCAAUACCAGUGACAGAUUGACAAAUCAAUUAGUUUGUGUAUUAAUUUAUAAGACAAUAAGGCCAUUUAUCAACCUUGAAAAUUUUCACCAGAAACCAGCUCCCUUCAAGGCUGCCAAACAGGAAGUUGUGGCCGUGCCCCCACAGGACACCACUCGGCCUAUCAAUACAAGUGCAUCACACAUAUUACCAGCUGUCAUAACAGCAGUGGCUGGUUCAACUCCCCACAACCCUUUGCUGUGUGUUAUCCCCGCAUUUUUCAUCUCUCCAAAGGCGAAUAAGCUCACAAACUAACUUUGAAUAUAACUGCCUAUAACAACUCCUGUUCAACAGCUGCAAAGACAAAGUGACAGCGGGUCAUUUAUCAAAAGCAAAACUACAUUAGCGCUGUGCCAGCAGAGACUGAGGCAUUAGUCAGAGUUUACAAAAGGGUCAGAUAUUUGAGGACCUGAUCAUAUUCACACAGAGGCUGUUUGUCUUCUAUGUGGGGUUUAGGAUGGAAAGCUUGAAUGCUGUUCAGGAUAUUCGGGCUACCUUUAGGAUAAGCAGAUAUUACCGUUAGCUAGGAAGUAGUUGAAAUGCAGUCAUUAGCUAAAAGUACCUUGGGAAUCUGGAUUAUGAGCUUCUGAUUGUGUUUACAGCUGCUCCUGAUCAGCUUGUGCUGUAAUGAUAAUGAGUGUUGGAUCAUUUACUAAUUUUCCCUCUUCCUCUGUCCUUUUUCUGUCUGUAUCUUUAACUUUCAAUCAUCAUUUCCCAUUAGAGUCGCUAAUCAACAGCCUUUUUUGCGAAACCCUGAGCUCCAUCAUGCCGUAGGUUCCUCUGGAUCAUUGCUGCAAACAUUUUCCUGCUGUGGACCUGCCUACUUUCCAGCUGUUUUAACAUCAUGCAUCAAUCUCACCUCUGUCCAUCUCUCUCUUUCUUCAUCUUCCUCUAUCCCCUCUCCCCUCAGGCAGAUGACUGUCCAACAUGAGUCUGGUUCUGCUCGAGGUUUCUGCCUGUUAAAGGAAGUUUUUAAUCUCCACUGUUACUCACUAAAUGCUGCACAUUGUUCCUCUCAGAUCGAUUGAUUGAUAACAUCUGUGGUGGUUACUUGGAGUUAGAUUAGGACCUAUAAUCAAGGAUGGCUCAGAUUUCUCAUUUCCUUUGUCUUAUUCCACCAGGUAUGAUUUCGUGGAGAUAGAGGAUCCAGCAGAGAAAGCCAUCCUGGGUCGCUGGUGUGGGUCUCAGUCAGUACCAACUGCUCUCACUUCCAAAGGCAGCCAGGUCCGCAUCCGCUUCAUCUCUGACGAGUACUUCCCCUCCGAUCCGGGAUUCUGCAUCCGCUACUCCCUCCUGCCUGCGGUACGUACAAAACGGAGUGAAAACAAUCAUUCCUGUCAUCUGUCUCAAAGUUCAGGGAGUCCACAUGGCGGUAAGAAGUGCCUCUCCGUGAGAAAACAAUCGAAACCAUUUGCUUGCAUAACAUGGUGUCUUAAUUUGCAGCCACCAUUCCUACUAAUGAGUGUGCCGGGGUUUGAGCAGCAUUGGGGAGAGAUUCUGUUUGAGCAUCUGGCACCUGUACGAUCAUUUGUUUUAUGAAGACACACACUUGAGCACAGAUUGAAAAUAACAACCAAAACCUUUGCAAUCUCAGCAGGCAACCCAAAGCCUUAGUCUGCAGAACUACAUAAAAAAACUGAGUAUCCUUCAAUCAUUAUAUGAGAAUUCUUGUGCAGAAGAUACCAGAAUAGUUAUAUAAUGUCAGAGAGUGCACAAAAUGACAGAUAUCCUUACGAAAGCUAGUUUCAAACUGUAAUUUUCUCAUUUCCUGGGGCUCGAAUAGUUUUGCUCUUUAAAUAAUCGAGUUGUCAUGUUCUAUUUUUGCUCCAUAUAAAUCCAUAUACCCUCUGAACCCCUACAGUAGCUAUGGAUCCAGUAAGCUAACUCUGACAGAUGAGGUGUCUCACUGACGUUGAUGGUGUUGCCUGAGACUGAGAUGGAGAAAAUAAGUGGCUUCAGGUUCACAAAGAGGUCCUCUGACCCUCGGGGGGAAUCAUUCAAGCCCCUGAAAUGAAAGCAGGAAUUAAGAGAUAGAAGUGCUUUUUGUGGGGAAAAUUGUCAAGCUGCUGUCUGUCUCUCCGUUUCAUUUUCUGUUUCAAGUUCUGUCAAAAGUAAUUUCCCCUUUUGUGUUUUUACAAUAGCCCACUUCAAACAGACACUCAUGUUAUUUGACUCUAUACUUUGGGCUGGAAUAUAUUUUUGGCAACACAACAAAACCAACCCUUCUUUUUUCGCUCCGUCCCUGUUAUUUCUCCCCUUCGUUUGUCCUAGCUUGUAACAUAAACUGUAAUCACCAGCUUCAUGCUUUACCCCGAUGUCAGUUUGUGUUCACCUUUUAAACUUACAGCAGAUAAAAUCAGAAAAUUCAAGGUGUACUCGGAGCACAUGUUGUUACAAGGCUGGCAGCUUAAGGGUUUGUGUGAUGAGUUUGAUAUAGUCGGUAGGAACCAAGAAAACUAUUUGCUACUAAAUAUUAUCAGUUUGUUAUUGAAAAUAGUCAUUUUUUCUUUGUUAAUUUGGCCCUAACCCCCAAUUUCCACCGCAUCCGGAACGGCUGUAAAAAAGGCCGCAUGCACCGAUCACAGCUGAGCUCUCAGAGCAGAGCCAUACCAACACAUAUAACUCUAGUCAUUCUCUUGAAGAAGGUGUUUCUAAACUUGGCAAAAGAUCUUCUAAACUUUUAUACUGAAUGACUCACUAUUUUAAUAUCAUUAUUGUCAUACGUUGUUUUUGAUGAUAUAUACUGUUUCUGCUCAAAUCCUGUUCAUACCCUGUUCUAGUUUUGUCAUCUUAGAUUAAGCUGAUUAGCAAACUAAGUCUGUAGGAAGACUGUGGGACUUGAUCCUGCCAAAAAAAGCUCUGAUUGGUCAGUUUUUGAGGUGGACCCAGUCAAACUGUUGAUAAAGUUUGCAAGCUAGACUGAAACCCAGUCCGCAGGCUCCAACUUUCAACUUAUUUUUAAACUUAUCCAUGAGUUAGAGAGAGGUCUGCCCCCACAGAACCUUACAUAACUUCAGUGACAAAAAAAAAUAUGAAAGACUUCAGUGUCUGUCUUUGUCUCGAUCCAUCUUCUUCCCACAUUCUCUUUCACUUCUUUUUUUCUCCUGUCCUGGCCUUCAGACCACACACACACACACACACACACACACACACAAACACAAACACACACAAACACACACACACACACACACACACACACACACACACACACACACACACACACACACACACAAAAGCCUGCAGAUAAAGUGAAGAGAUGACUCGCCGUGUUAUAACCUGUCAUGUUUUACUUCACUUCUCCAGCUUUAAGUAAACAGCUCUACUCCUCAUUAAUCCAUUACAGCCUGCAGCGCUGUGAAAACCCACAAGCACAGAUACACAACUGAGGUCACUGACGGCACUUUGUGUUCUCUCUCUCUCUCUCUGUGACUUCUUCAAAAGCUUUUUUGUUCUUCCAGUCAUCACAGACAUUAUUACUGCGUCUCUCUUUUCACCCCUUAAACCUAAAACAGCCUUGAUACAUAUCACGUCAUGCUGAGUAUCAAAGCGGAGCCUCUACACACAGAUGUGUGAAAGAAGACAGUCAGUCAUUAUUUGUUCUUGUCUCAAACAGGAACUUUGAUGCAUAUUGUUGAAUUACUGCAGGCUGCUGCUGAGACACUGUAAAGAGGGCGGUUCACUCAAUCUAAAGCAGGAUUGUGACGAUAGAAGCUUAGAGCUUUUCUUCGUCUGAUGAAGAUGGUUUAAUCCAAUAAGACACUAUUACAAGAUGUUAAUCGAUUCCAGGAUCCCUUAAGGGGAGGAAAGUAUUAUCCAACAAUCAAUUUUUCUAACGUAGACUUACUUUUAAUUUGAGCAGCGGUCUGUGUGAGAUUAGAAGUCUGCAAAGAUUACUUUCAUAUUUUGACAUGAGGUGUACUUUUAACAUUUUUAACAAGCUUUGUCUUUGCAGUAAGUAAUAAAACACAAAGAACAAUAGAGCUGAUUUUGGACCACAACUACAAAUGUGUCUGAAACUGCCCCCUUUAAAAAAAACAGCUGAUGUUAUUCUGAACUCUUGUUCAUACCAGAAGACAUCAUUUCUUAUCUAUAAACCAAGUGAACCCCUCUUGACUGAGGCCAGAGCUGUCACUCACAACCACUGAGCCAGGAGGAUGGACAACAGAGAGACACAAACUACGUUUGCAUGCAAUCAAUUUUUGUGUUAAGGUCAAUAUUUCGGUUUCUGAAACAUUCGGAAUAUCCCUUUUACAUGCGUGAGCAAACAGGGUUAUUCCCGUUUACGUGGUAUCCCAAUCAAAACAGCAACACACGGACAACAUCUCAACACACAGAGAACGUUAUGACCAUAGACUGUAUAUAUGAUGGACAACUUGGUUCAGCCUCCCGCCUGUAUAUGGAUUUAAAGUCGAAAAGCUCUCGGUAAUACAGCGAUUUUUUACCACUUCCUGAAAUCAACAUUGCGCAGUCGCAUUGUACGCACACCACCACUUGUGCAGUAACAUCGUACGCAUUUGGCAGGAGAGUCGCUGAGAGUCGCUGUGCUGACGCUCGGCUCAAACUGCAUAUCCCCCGGGUGAGCUACGCAAUCUUCGUACGCCCAUAGGCUGUAUCAAGUGUCAAUCAUCGACAACAUGAACUCCCUAAUAACUUUUAAAAACGGAGCUGUACAGAUAAAAGAGGACUUGAGCACAAACCAGUCUUACAAAAACUACAUGUCAACAUCACAACCAGGGGGGAGAAAAAUUUAUAUUCUGUUUAAUUAAGUUCUAAAGUUUGUCCACAACUCCAUAGGGAUUGCUGGAGAAGGCGGGAUUUAUGACUGAUACUGCAGCCCGUCACCAGAGGGUGCUGUUUUCGCGGUGGCUUCACCCAGCGAGGAGGCAGAUGUUGUCCAUUCUAUAUACAGUCUAUGGUUAUGACGCAGUCUAGGACUUCCUGUACUCAGGGCCCAAGAUUCCUUGCGAACAGAACAUGUGCAGCACACAAAUUAAUGUUCCUUUUGAUUGGGAUUUCCAGAUCGACAUGACCAAAAAUUUGGGUUAGAAAGAGAGUAACCCAGGGGUAAUUAUCCGGGUUUUUAAAAACAGGAAUAUGAAAAUAUUGUUUUUCAAAAGGGUUAUUGGUGUUUACAUGGCCGUGCACAACCGGGGUUAUUGCUCAUAUUCCAGGUAAUGACUGCAUCUAAAUGUAGCAACGGUGAUUGUCUGCAGCAAAGUAGCAAGUGGUAAAAGUCGUCAAAGUUAAUCAUCAGCUGAGGCAGAGUUAUAAUGUUAAACAAUUUUAAAUGAAGCAGAAACAUAAAACAAUCAUCAUUAAACUGAAGUGUGGUGUCAGUGUGAGUGAGAAUGUUACUGAGAAACCUAACGCUGGAGCUGAUAUCGGAUGGAAACAUCUAGAAAUAGUCAAUGAAGGUUUCUAAGGGUUGUUUUUCCACAACCAUAAUGUAACCAUAUGAUGGAAAACUAUGCUCCUCAUGCAUGGUUAUGUUUUAGUUUUAUUUAUGUACAAUACUUAGAUUUAAAGUAUUAGUAUUAUAACACAAAUUCUGUCUCAAGUUUUCGUAGUCUUUUCUUGUCCGUUAGUUUGUAUUUAAAUGUCCAUAAAGGGUGUUAGUUGCUUCGGGACAUCCCUCGUUUCAAUAUUCACGGAAAAGUUAAACUUAGAAGUGAAGUCUGACCGGAUUAUUUUGCAGCAGAGUAACCACUGGUGUCGGGAUGUCCGCCACAAACUUUGUGAUGGAACAAGAAACCAAGUUUUUCUUUCAUACACCCGCUCUGGAAAGUGUGGAAACCACAAGGGGGGGAAAAGGAAGCUAUGGCCUCGGCACGUUUGGCCCGGCUUCCCUUUGAACUUUCCUCCGACAGAGGAGCAGCACGCACGAACAGCGGCACUCUGUUUCCUCUGAGGUCAACCGGCAGCUACUGGAACCUGGUGCCACGCAGGGGCCAGCACUUGAGUUUAUAUUUAAACAAGCAAUGAUUCCUCCUCCAGCACUUCCACGCAAAGGAAGAGGGGCGAAAAAUAAGAGCUGGUCUGUAAUUCACAGGAAGAGAUUUGAGGAAGAGCGAGAGAGAGGUGAGGCGAAGAGGUUGUUAAAACAUUGAAGAGCGGGAGUCUGUUUGAGGGGAGUCGGGUUGGGGGUUAAAAGAGCAAAUAAAACAUACAUCAUUGUCUCUGCAAAGGCCUUUUUCUGGAGUAAAACACCGCUGCAAGCUAGAUCUGAAAAUGAAUCCUCCGUAUUUGUUUAUUUUUAUGGAUUGCAUUAAAGUUUUACGCACUCAGACUUGAAAAACGGGGAUAAGAGAGGGAAGGUAAGGAAUAAAAUCCUUGAUAUAGCAAUGACGGGCAGCGCCAUGCGGGAGGUUUUACUGCUGGCAUGAAGAAACUGAGCUCUGUUUUUACACCAACCGAAAUUGCAGUGUGUGGCAUAUAGUGAGAGAAACAAAUACUACAUUCACGCACUAAAGUCCUUGUUGUGUACUCAAAGCUCUCUUGUGCAAGGAAGUGGUUUUCUAGCUCCAUGUUAAAGUGAAAGAUAUUGUUUUCCAAAGCUCUCCCAGGAUGCUAUUUCAGAUUUCUCAUCUCAACACAGUUAGCUGAACCUGUCAUUUCACUCACCAGAAAUAAGAGCGUGCGGUUGUGCAGCGAGAGAACAAAGAGAGCUGGAAAUGAGGUAAUCACAGCUUGAAAACGGGGUUCCUCUUCAAGGGCAGGGGGUUCAGAGAGUGUGGAAGUGAUAAGAGCGACAUAUCCAGCUUACACUUUGAUUCACAUCAUCUGAGAGGAGAAAAAAAAAAAAACUUUAACAAUCUCAAAAAGCAAUUUUCCCUUUCAAAACAUGCAAUCAUUUCAGGGGAGCAGCACAUCGCAAUCUUGUUUUACAACACACUGCUGACUGUGUGUAUGUAUAUCUGAUUAUACUGCAAUGUUCACAAUUGCACAUAUUUUAUGACACUGGUUUUAACCACACAGCUUCUAUUUUCUACUUUCAGCGAACUAUGGUGUGCUGACUCGGCUUUUUUUUUUUCCUUGAAAUUGUCUGAAACUGCAACUUUUGGGAAACUCUCUGUUAUCAAGGCAGCUCCAAAAUACAGCACAGCAGGAAUGGGUGGACUUCCACAGCUUAGAUUCAAAAUGUCAUUUUGGAUGCAAACUUUUGCAGAAAUAUGCAGGAAAAAAAAAAAUAAUAAUUUUGGUCUUAAAACCUUCAAACAUGAUCAGAGUCCUUUGUCAUAAAAGCUAUUUUGUUUAUUUGGUGGAACAAACUCUGGAUUUUCUUGGCUUUUUAAACUAAUAUCUGUCAUGUAGUUUAGGAAAUACUAAUAAUUUAUCGCUCGAGGUUAAAUCCCAGCAGGUAAAUAAUACAGGUGCAGCUAUAAAAACCUACUGAGCCUCGGACAUCUCCCAUCUAUAAUCAGUCUGUAUUUUAGCCUGAAACUAGACGAUUGAAUUUAAUCCAUUUAUUAUUAAAUGUUAAAUAAAAAACAACAGUGAGUUGUAUAAAUGAUGGCUAAAUGUUGGUUUAAAACAUUUUUAACAGUCAUUGAUCAAUAUAGAGUGUAGCUUAGUCUAUUAGACAGCUAAGAAAAGCUUCCAUUUUUAGACCAGUGAUAGACCGAUUUUAGCCCAGAUGUCAAAGGACCAUUAGACGUCUAUAAAACAUCUCUUAAACCGAAAAAUGCUCGAUGGGAAAUAAGCAUGAACACCUGUAGUGACAUUUUGAACCAUGGACUUCGUUCAAAAUUUAAAAUAGACUUGUUAAUUUUUGCAGCUUAUACCAGUAAUAGUUUAUCUGAGCAUUAUUUGCCAGUAUGAAGCCUUUAGUUUCAUCCAACUCUACUGCAAAUGCUAAUAAAUGUGAACAACAGUUACUUUUACAAAAAUUUCUGCAGCACACAAGAAAAAACGACUCAAAUCACUGAGACUGGAGUGACUACCGAAGUUCUGGAUCAUGUUUGGGUCAACAAGUGUUGCAUGUGUUCCAUCACAGACUAUAAUCAGUGAAAACCAGGGUGUUGGUUUUGUUAAUCAGUGUAAAAUCUGAAGAGGUCAUUGGUCAUGAUUCAUAUCAGCGAGAGGUUGGUGGUCUCUCAUCUGUUAGCUCUAUUCACACCACCUUGACGUGUCUCUAAAGAAUUGCUUGGCUUCCUUGUAUGAAGCUGAGUUUGCAGAGCGCCGCUAAUUGGGGGAAUAUUGCACCGCCGACAUUCACAAGCUGUUAAUGGCUUCCAGUCUGCGCUGUUCGCUACUGCCAAAGCUGGAAUAAUAGACUCUCGGCUUCCUUCUGUUGUCUGGAAACUCAUCUCAGAGAGAGGACUGUUCAGUUUCCUCUUAUUUUAACUUCUGUGACGUGAUGUGAGCAGCCAUUUCUCCACAAAUACUCCUGUCCCAUUUGUGUCUGUUUAUCUCAAGAGGUGCCAACUAAACCGAAGGUUUUUUGAAGGCAGCCUCAUUAGAAUGAGUCAAAUCUGUGGCAUGCAGCUGUGUUUUUGUAGCCUGUGGUGCAGCCAUCUCAAACCACCGGCAUCUUAUUUUGAAAAGUGUACCAAAGAGCUCCAGAUUUUUAGUGAAAUGACAGUCAAAUCUUAUAUAUUGUCUCCUGAAUUGCACUUUGUAUUCAGUGUAAAAGCACAACCAGAUUUGCUCAACUUUUCACUCUCUUCUGUCUUGUCUGGCUAAUUUCUUAGUCUGAGAAAGGUGGUGGGAAUCUGUUUUCUUGUGAAAAACAAAAACACUUCCAGGGAAAAUGCUUUAAGACUUGACAGCUUUCCCAGUGUCAUGAAUCCUGGUGUUUGCAACAUGAGAGGUAAACAUGCAGUAAGCCUCAUAUCCUCCCAAGGUAGCUGUCAUGGCCUCUGACUGAAAGGAAAACUUUCUUCUUCCAGAAACCCUCGUGCCUCGCCGGGUUUCUUUAAAAUUCCCUGUAAGUCAUCAGAGCGGAGAUAAGGAUUCCUGGAAUCAUUUUUUUCUUUUUCAAAUAUUUCUGCUUCUCCAAAAGCCAAAAGACCCAGCUGCCAGCUACCGAUGUUUUCAAUGCUGCACAAGCUGCAUUUUUUUGUAGCUGUCACAAUCUUGCCUUCUACCUGUCAGUCACCGAAGAUUAGAGAGACCAGCGAGCUGACAUGUUGGACAAACGCAGCGUCUCAGGACUGAAAGGUUUAACAGAUUAGCCUCUUCUCUUGUGGGAAGACCAGCACCCCAGGUAUCAAUCUUGUCUGAGACUGCACGCUGCAGCCUGCAGAGCCAGGAGCUGGGGACAAAUAAUGCUGCCGCCUACAGGAGCUGAUGGGACAAAGGCUGAGAUGUAAAGUGAGAGGAGGAGGUUAUAUCCACUGACAGCUUGAAAAGAAGCUAUUGAGUCACAUUUGACUGCAAACUGUAUUAAAGGAAUUCAGGGAUUGACAAUCUCUUUAACUCUGUUGGAAUCCUGUUUAUUAGUGUGUAGAGUAACUGGCAGGUAAUGCAGCCAUCUUUUACUCCAUUUUUACUUCAUCUCAGUCCACAUUAAAUCGACUCAUACCCUGAGAAGUCAACAGAGUUUUUGGAUUUUUAUGUUUAUAUGUUAAGGUGACCAUUGUCCUCUUUUACCCGGACAUGUCCUCUUUUUGGGGGGCUGUCCGGCCUUGUCCGACUUUGUCCAGGGGAGUCUAUAAAAUCCUUCAAAUGUCUGCGGUUUUGUACAGGAGUUACGAGUUUGUGUUAAGUGGACUUGCUGAGUUAGAAGCACGUAAAAGACACCCAAUCCAACCCGAAAAAGUCUGAAAAUUACCUUCGUGCAACCUCGUGACUCCGCCCCCGCUUAGUUGUGUCCUGCUCUUGGGAAGUCCGAAUAUGGUCACCCUAUUAUAUGAUGUUUUCUCUCUGCAUGGUUGUCAUGAUCACAGUCACGUUAUUUUUAUUUUGUUCGUAACAUUUCAUGUCUUGUGUUUCCUGUUUUAUUUUGUAUCACUAACCCUUGUCUGUCUCCUCGAUGUGUUCCUGUCUGCCCCCGUCUCCCCCAUCUUGUCACACCUGCCUCCUAAUUGUGUCUCCCCACCUGUCUCCCAUUACCCUCAUUACUGCUUGUAUUUAACCCCAUGUCUCUCACAGUCUUGUUGCCAGUUCGACGAUCUUCACAUUCACUUACCAGUAUUCUUGUUUUUUCAUACCCUGCCUGUUAUCGGCUUUGGUAGUUUUUUUAUCCUGAAAUCUUUGAUUAUUGAACAAGUGUUGAACUAGAGAGCCCUUUUUGUACGCAGCCAUGUUAUUAACCUGUUGCAAAUUAAGUCACGAAUACGAGUUUUUCAUACUGCUUGUGCGAACCUCUUUGAAACAUGUUGCUGGUAUCAAAUUUAAAAAGAAGAAACAGGAAUAGACAAUAAGAUUUUUAGUUUCAACAACUGAUAUGUUGUCUUUGCCCCAUUCAAUGAAAUCAAGGGUUUAAAGCUGCUGUAAGCAACUUUUGGUUUGUGUGUGUUUUGGCGCCCCUGUUGUCAAAGCUUUGCCUGCGAUCUUUUGUAUAAAGGAGUAGUGUGUUCAGACCAAAACUUUAUCUCUGUGUCUUUUGAAAGUGAAAUCACUCAUAAAGAGUAAUUUCUGUGAAAAAGUAAAAGAAGACACUUUUUUAGGCCUGCUGUCAAUCAUCUGGUCUGACGCCUACACCUUCACAGCGACUUCAGGCAUUAAAAUGAAAACAGAGAUAGUAUUGGUUUCAAUGUUGAUGGUCUUGUUUGCUUUCAAAGAUCCAAAGGAGGCAUCAGUAUCAGUUGCAGUCUGAUUUUUUUAAACCAGUUUUUCAACCAAAAUCUGAUUUUAUAUGUAUUCCACACUGUAUUCCAACUUUAUGGUGAGUUAGGAUUGUACUUCUUUAAGGAUUAUGUCAAAAAAAGAGCCUAAAAUAACAUUUUCAGUGACAACGAUACAGAGCACUCUUCAGUCACAGCAUGGAGAAACUUCAGCUCAGAUUUGAUUUGUUUUUGUGUACUCAAAAUAAGAAGUAAGCAGUAAGAUGAGUGUCAAAAACUCUGAUAAAGAAGACGUCUAUGAAUCAACUUGAAUGGAAAGACUGAGGAAGAUGACUGUAAGACGCACAGCUGGAAGGCAGGAGUGAAAAUUUAAGUAUUUGUGACUGAAAAUGACAAAAUUGGAGCAAAGCUGGAAACACAUCCAUCGACAAAACUUAAUAAAUGAUGGAGUUUGGAGUGAGAUUACAUUUUUACUGUAUCCAGUGUAAAUCCUCAAGAAGAGAAGUUGAUAUCCAGUGAACUCACCACUGUGUUAAUGUUUGGUAAAGCUAAUUUAUCUGUCAUCUUUACGGUCUCAACUCUUCCACACAUUACCUAAACACUUCAGGCUUAUACUUCAACCCAGCUGGCUUGGACACUCAUACUUUCUGUGUAACUCAUCUCAAAUCCAAACCACCACUGAAUCUGUCGAACCUGCUUCCAAUUUAAAGCUAAUUUUUACCAUGACAUAAAAUCCACCGCAGAGUAACAGUUCUCCUUUUUAAUAGAUUUACGGUUGAAUUAAGACACAUGCUGUCAUACUGACAGAGUUUUUCCUCCCGUGAAACUUCUCUGUUUUAUUAUUUGUUACCUACUGAAGCCUUGAAUCAUAUGAAAGGUCCUGACUGUAAAUAUCCCGAGGCAGUUUGUGUUUUGAGGUGGUUUUGGGUGUGGGGCCAACAGGACAAGAACACUGAGUACUUUUUUAAUGUCACAAAAACCUGUGAAUGAAUGACCUUUGUUUUCUCUCUCCAUCCCGUCUGCUUGUUCUCCUGCAGAGUGAAUCCGAACCUGAGGUCCCUGCAGUUCCCCCUCCAUCCCAGCAGGGCAUUGAGGAGCUGUCAGAGGCUGUGGCGGGGCUGGGCACCAUGGAGGAGGUCAUGAAGUACCUGGAGCCGGAGCGAUGGCAGGUGGAUAUGGAGGAGUUGUACAAACCUACUUGGCAUGUGUUGGGGAAGUCCUUCGUCCUUAAUAAGAAAGCCAGAGGUAGGACACUUUACUUAAAGGUACAAUAUGCGUGUUUUAGCUUGUUUAUUUAUCAAGGAUUACGAUUUUAGGUUAUGAUUCUUAUCACUGUCGCCCUCUCUGUUUCUUGAAGGAGGAGCCGAUCUCAACCUGCUGAGGGAGGAAGUCCGGCUGUACAGCUGCACUCCCCGUAACUUCUCGGUGCCCUUGCGUGAAGAGCUGAAGAGGACGGACGCCAUUUUCUGGCCAAGCUGCCUCCUGGUGAAGCGCUGUGGUGGGAACUGUGCCUGCUGCUCUCACCGCUGCUACGACUGCCAAUGUGUCCCCACCAGGGUCACCAAGAAAUACCACGAGGUAAAUAUCGACUCGUUUGACAGAUACAAAGAACAGAUCACAGGGUCUGUUUUGAAUUUUUCAGACAUUUGGGUUUUUGGGUUCAACUUAAAAAGGCCAAGAGAACAUACGAUGGUUUGGCUUUUACUUUUAGACUCAAACAAAACCGCCCUGGAAAGGUCCUUGACGGUCUUGAAAUUAUUCUAGAGUAAUAGCAGCUGAUUUGAAAUGAUAGAUUUAAAACUGAUCUGGUUUAUGAAAAAGAAACAUCAGAGUUUAGAGGUUUUUAUACGGCAUAAAGCUUAUCGGAUCUCAAAAGAACAUUAUAAAAACGUCAAUAAAUACUUAAGCUUGAUGUGUAUCAUCUGCAUAGAGAAGUAAAAAAGAAAAUUGCUUGUCUGAUCUAUGUUGUCCAACUCAGACGUACAGAAACAGCCAUUUAAAAGUGUUUGUCCCACACGCUGCUGUCUGUUAGCUUUUCACACUGUGCUAGAAAUUUGUCAAAAUCAAGAUGACCUACAAAGAUCAGAAACAUCGAGGAGCACGGGAAUAAGUUACUAAUAUUUCUUUUCUGAGAGUCUGCAAACUUUUGUACAACAUUAAGUGUAAGGCCGAAGAGUAGCAUGUUAUUUCAAAAUCAUGAGUAUUGAGUGAAAAUCAUAGGAAAUACCUUGUCUACCAAAUUGGACAUGAUGCGUUAAAACAAUAUUAAUCCCACUGAGCAUUUUUUGGUCUAAAACAGGUCUAAUAGACGUCUUAAUGCAGCCUAGACGACUGGUCUGAAAUCAGGCUACCACAGGUCUAAAAAUGAAAGUUUUUUUAGACGUCUAAUAAAGUUUAGAGUAGCCAGCUAACAGAGGUCUAACUGUUUAUUGCUCAACGGCUAUCAUAGUUAUUUUUGGUUAAGUACUUGAAGAUCAGUUACGCAACUCACAGUUGCUUUGUGAAAUAACCGUCAUCGAAUAAUUGGUUAAAGUGCAACGUCUAAAUUCCAUUUUAAAAUAUACAGAAUCUAGACGGUUGAAAUUAGGUCUAGAAUAAAAAAACUAGAUGUCUAAUAGCCGUCUCUUGCUCAGUGGGAUGUAAGUCUUGAGAAUCUGCUGUUUUUGUUAACACAACAAACUUGUCAGGGGCGAGUUUUUCUUUUACUUGACAAAAACAUUAUUUUUGUAACUUAUUAUUUAAAGAUCUUGGGUUGAGUUUCCAGCAGACUGACAAUGACAUACAGGUGUUUUUAAGAAGUGUAUGAUUUCUCUGUUUUUAGAAUAAUCCUGUUUACAUCAGAGGGGGGUUUUAAUAUCUGUCUGUCCUCAGAAUAUCGCAAAAACAGUUAAAUCACCCACAUGAGCAAGACCAGUAGGUGUAGGAUUGUAGAGUAACAUCAUAUGUGUGCUUUUUAAGUGUCUUCUUGAAUGUUAUUUAACUGCGUACGACAUAUAGUGAGCGUGAUAGAUUUAUUUGCCACUGUGCUGCGGUACAAUGAUGAAGAACUGCAAAGUUUCCUUGUAAACAUGCAAUUAAACCUGAGCAGAGGUAAACCACUUGUCAUCUUCCUGCGUGUGCCAUCCAUACAAACAACAGCUGCCGCAUGCAAUUUGAGGUCAUGUUGUCAGCAUCCCCGAAACCUCAGUUUUUGCCACCCUAAUUUAUACACAUGAAUAAUACUUUUUUUUAACCUCUACCUUUUCCAAAACUUCCUUUUUCAGUGACCUAAAUUUCCCUUAAUGUUGGAAAAACAAAAAACAGAGAAGAAAUCUUACUUCCCUUUGGACAGGAUGUAAAAUCCAGUUCUCUCCAAGCAGGCGGCUAACAUUAGCCAAACUCAAAAUGUGUUUUAAAAACAGAAAAUUGACUAAAUCCUUGCUUAAAAACUAUCUUGAUUCACUGAUAUCAGCAACAUUUUGAGACUCUCUUUUCUCGAACGGGUCAUAAUUAUUCACUUUUUCUCUUAGAUCUCGAAAAACUGUAAAACCUCAUUGACUGUUUUCAUAAUUGUGUUGAGUCAGAGGGUGGUUUCACUCCUUAAAUACGAUGUUUGUGUCUCGGUCCUUGACCUCAAGUAUUUCCCCGUUUGGCAGGUCCUCCUGCUGAAACACCGAAGCGGGAGCAGAGGUCUGCAGAAGUCCCUGACUGACGUGCCCUUGGAGCACCAUGAGGAGUGCGCCUGUGUGUGUAAAGAUGACUCGGACUGACCUCAGACACGUGUUACAGCUGCCACUAGAACAACACAGGAUGUAAGAAAUGAACCUCUGCCACUGUUGCAUUGUUCUGUAUCUCAUCCAUUUCCACCGGGAGCUAACAAGAUUUUCCCUUUUAUUCUGUCGUCCUUUCACUAAUUGGAUUAAGCAGAACAGACUGGAAUCUAAUAAAUCUCCUGAAUGGAUUAGACUGCCGUGGGAUACCAAUUGUGUGCUCUGGGUGCUUUUAAGAGAGACAAAAAGUCGCUGAAGCCGUUUUGGACUAUUACCUUUGAGCUUGGAAGACUAUCCUCCAGCCUCUCGGAGAUAAGAACACCACAGCGUUUUUGCCUCUUGUUCUUGAGGUCUUUUUUUAAGUUCAGCUGGUGUGGGCUGAUACUGUCACGAAAAAUGGGAGCUUCUUUGUUCAACUACUUUUUUUUUUUUCAUGUCUAUAAAUGAGCUGGCUCCAGCUGCCUCACUCCCCCAGCCCCUCUAUUAUUACCAUCAAGGCAAAGAAAGGUGCUUAUUCAUGAGCAGUGAUCCUCUGCUCCCCUAUUGUUGUCACCGCAGAUUUAAUCUGAAAUCACUGAAAGCCUUUCUAAUAAGACUGUAUAUAUCAUGUGUAAAUAUGUCAUUUACAUUUCUUUUCUAUACUAUCGUGCUGUUUCUACCAAAGAUUGUCAAGGAGGAGAUGAAAGUCGUGCACAGAAUCAGUUCGGGAUUGUUCGUUAUUAUCCCGACCUUCUGGCCCGUCAUCCAGCCCGGCUCCGAACUACCAGCUCUGCUCUCUCCAGGAACGCCUAGCUUCAAGCACUUCUUAAAAUGUUUCCGAUUGUUCAUAUUCAAUAUUUAUUUGCUUAAUGAAAGGGAAACUUAGGUCCAACAUUUCUUAUUUUCUACUGUACCAUAGAAUUAGUCUGCAGUUUUCAUUGUUAGUCCUUUUUCGUCGCCGUUGUGUCAUGGAUCUUUUUUUCUGUACGGCAAAGUUAUUUAACUUACUUUUGCAAUAAGUGUUUGUGUAUUUCAUUUCUUCUGAACCUCAAAAAUAAAUUCUUCCAUUUCUUAUCGAA